AUGCUCUCUCACAAACGCAGUUGGGUUCGGUUGGUUUUCGAAAAAGGUGAAGCGCACUUCAGCACUUUAGCCGACAAAAUAGAUGAACGACUUCUCCUUCGUGACCUCUCUCGGACCAAUGACUAUCCAAGUUAUUUUAUCACGCAGAGCAAGCGCCAAGUGAACCGACGACGGCCACUAGAAUAGCAACAUGACGUCUUAAGGACUAUUCUGUAAAUUAGAGGAAUAUCAUGCGGUUUCAUGACUAUUACAGCCCGCCAAAUUGGUCAUUGCGCAUCAUGAGGCCUGGGAAAUCCUGCGUUAUUACGAACGUCAUGACCAGUACAAGAGGCUCAUAGGGAGCGUAAAACACCGAAGAAAAACGGUGGUCGACUAAAACUCAUAAAAGGGGAGCACAGGUCAAAGAGUGGAAUGUCCUAAUUGCGGAUGUUUGAUGUCGCCAUUGAUGCACAAUUUUAAAAAGAAUAUUGACAUAUUAGAGUUUUAAAAUGACCAAGAUCGAUAGGAGAUCAAGCUCUUCCCCUGAGACUUACUCCCAUUUUGUUAUAUCAUUAUGGGCAAGUUUUAAUUACUUCAAACAUCAAAGUGAUGACCUCUGUGAAAAAGUAAGGGAGAUAAGCAAGAUGACGUAGACCUCUGCUCCCCUUCUUGUCGAUCUUGUCCUACUUUUAACUGUCUGAAAUCAACAUCAAAUAACACAAUCAGUGGGAAACUAGACAAAAUUUAGUUUAGUAUAAUUCAGUAUAUAUGACGGAUAGAGGCAGAGCCUUUAAAUAUCCUAGUUACAGAAAGCAAAUCGAAAAAAGGUCCGUGUCCACGUUGUGACGGAAGCCGGGGGCUGUGCGGUUAGCAUUAGAGCCAAAAUAAAAAUUCAUGACUUCGGUUAGUAAAGGGGUAAAAACCAAUGGCGUUACGGAACUCACUCCUCCUGUUGUGCCUCGGGGCUCCCACUCUCUAACGGGGCAAUAGCAGCAUUUCGGCGCGAAAUAUAGCAGAAUAGAAUUUCUUGCAAAGACAACAGACAUUGUUCUAGGGCUGCUUUAAUGUAAAGCAUGUGGGAAACACGGCAAACGGAUCCGUCAUAAAUCAAAAAAACUUCAUUAAAAUACAUCGACAUAUGACAGGGGUUGAAGGAAUUCGUGCGGCUGAAAAAACAACAAAUUCAGGACGCACUUACAUGAUGAAGGAUGGAAUCAUUCAUACCUUCUUUGUCAUUUAAGUCAGCGCCUGUACUUGACAUGGCAUUAGCAGAGAGAAAUUGCAAAUUGUUUACAAUUUUACUAGAGUCUCUUUUGGUGUCCAGACAUAGAGAGGGGACAAAUUCAAGGUGAAAUCUAACGUUUUAGGUAUUUUCUGUCAACGGUAAAUGCUGAAUGCAAAGCGCUAGGAAUAAACCCAACCAGUAAGGCCAAUGAACAAUCACGUGUUUAUCAGUCGGAACAGUGACUAACUGCCAAAAUUUGAGGAUGGCUGACAUUCACGCAGGGAGUAGAAUGUUUAAGGGUAACGCAAUCGCGCAUCUUUGAAGACGGCCCGGGCGAAAUCGGACACAGACAGACAUAUGGACAUAAAAGACUGGCCCCAAAAUGUUAAAUUCAGUAGCAACCUCCCUCGUCCCUCGCCAUCGAAUCUGAAGUACCAGUUUACAAGCUCGUCUUGAUAAUUAAGGUAAACGGGCUAAAAUGCUUGCAUACAGACUCAAAGAGGAACAAUCUUGCCAAUCCCCAAUACAUUUCGUUCUAGCUCCACUGUCAACUGCUAGUUAGAGCUCAAAUUGAUUUCUUCAGGAUCGUAAUAUUAACGCUAACGACCUGCCCAUUAUACUUUAGAGCCUUACUCCCAUUUCUGUCACUGCUGACUACCCUCUCAUUCGUCCUCACAAUAAAACCAUGCUCUCACCCAUGUCGACCUGUUACACGACGGAGUCGUUGCAAACGCGUAAUGGGAGCAAUCUGUCAAGAAGAUUUCGUGCUAAAUGUAUGAUUAAUUUUUAUCAUAUACAGCACGAACUGAACUUGAAUCUUCAUGUAAUUAUUGCUAUAUGCUAGUUGCAUUAAACUUCCAGACGAUUCAUAUUGUAAAAAGGAAUCAUAUAAUAGCGUGCAAAGAUAAGAUUUAUGAGAUUAGAAGGCAUUUAGCUUCCUACUGAAGUGAUACCUAUAGAAAAUCGUUAAUUUCCUGGACGUUGUAUAAAGGUACGAGGACAUCUUCACGGAAGGCUAAUUAAUUCAUAGCAGCUGCUUAUAUUACGAGUCGGCCAACACUAAUAACCAACCCAUAACCGUAUUCGUCGCACUAUAUCAGUCUUAAUAUUGUCAGUUAUUGUUACAGUCAGUUACAGAGUGCAGUGUUCACACCUAUUUCUAUGCCUUCCGCCAGAUAAUCCGGAAGAAAACAAUUCAUAUGCACUUUCCGGCAGUUAGCCCAAAUUCUUAAAUAGCUAAAUAUAAUGUAUUAACUUGUUUUUAAAUUCGACCAAGCAUAUUGUCGUCUGACAAUAAAAAAUUGCAUGCACAUUCUGGCAGUAUUUUACUAGUUUAAGUGCAUCAGCUGUUAUUUAUUAUUUUAAGCGGCUGCGUUAAAUAAUUUUGCCAAUCCAAGGUGAGGUGAUAGGAUCGUUUAUAUUCUUAAUUUUAGCACUUAUCAAUUCUUUCUGUGUGUUAUUUCUUCUCGCAACUAGAAUUAUGACAUACAAAUUUCGAAUUUCAAGCGAACUACCAAAGACCCCCAACUUAAGUCAAUGUUAACAUGACAUAUAUUUUUCUAUGUGAUAUAUAUCACAUACUGACAUAUCAUACUGACAUAUAUGUCAGUAUGAUAAUGUCGUGCAUCGAAAUGUUCGAACAGGUAACUUUGAAUUCAUACUCGGAAAGUCCUAACGCAAUAAAAAACCUCAUUAUUUUAAAGGCAUUCCCUUGCUAAGGCGUCGACCUCUACUAUAUAUCACAAUCAGCUGUAUUAAACGCGAAACCAUAGGAUUUCAGGGUCCCACAGUGACGCGAGACGAUCUGAUAUGACUAGGGGAACAAAAACCACAAAUAGUCAGGCGUCCGCCCGCGCAUUUCUUUCGGUUAGGUGACACGAGGGGCAGCAUCGGUGAUCUGCCUCAUAUUGCCUCUUCCUCAGCCCGUUCACAGCCCCUCGCAGUCCGUCAUAGCCCACUCGUGAGGCGGGACUGUGAUGUGGCACGAGGGAGCUGGCACUGGCAGACUAAGGUCCAACGUCUUAACCAAAUUGGUAAAACUGGAUGUUAUCCUGUGUUGGCAUACACGUUGGGAUUCAAGAACUCGUCCCGGACUCAAUCGUUGUCGGCGCGCCAAUAUCCCCUUGGGGCCAACCUUGAGGUAGCAGCAAAUUUGCUGGUUAUCACACUUCGGUCAUAGACAGCUUUAAAUUGGGUUUAUUAAGAAAACGUUGAAGAUGGUUUACGGAAUGUAACUUUUUAACUUAGUCAGACGUUUCUCGCACGUCGUCUCCUUCCUGCUUGUAAUUAAGUACCAUGCUCACGGAGCCUCAGUUAUCAGAAGCCCUUUUUAUCCCCUAAAUUUCGUCAGAUCACGAAAUUGACCUAGGGCACCGGCAUAUCCAAAAAGCAUCCAGGAUUUAGUAUUGACGCUUUUCUACUUGAUCUACUUAAUAUCUUGCACUUACUCUACUGCAACAGCAAUUUUCGCUGGGGAGGAAUAUCAACUAUUACUGCGCAGGCUUAGGUGUUCCGCAAAAUUCACAUCAAAAUGAACUGCACGCUCGACUGACUACUUGUCAAAUUAAAAGUGCCGUAUUAUAGCUCAUUUCUUCGUCUGGCCACAGAAAAAUUGUUAUCGGUUAUGCCGUACCUCAUUUUCUUAAAAGAGUUAUACGGUAGACACAAAACCCAUGAAAUUUGACAGGCAUUUUGUACGCCAUUUUUGCCAGGUUAUAAAACUGGUUAGCUUUGAGCACACCUCCAAGUGCAUUUAUAUUUGGUGGCUAAUUGUAGCUGGUAAACAAUAACUUAAAUAUACAGUCGAAAUCAUCAGCCGCCUAGUUUAUGUAUCUGCUUUGAAUGAAUUCUUCACCCGUCCACAUAGUCACUGAUAUUUUGUCCGUAAAUACCCGCGUUUAUCUUAUGUAUAUUUCAGCCGAAUUUUGUUCUCGAAAAGAUAAUAAGUGCGGUUUCAGUUUGUUUUUAACUUGCAAAUCGCGGUUUCCCUUUUUAAAAAAGGAUGCAGCUUUAAAAUUAUCUGGCACGGUUUACAUAUAUGCAUGCACAAACCUCUACACCAUGAUAACGCGUUGGAGCCCAGAAACACCUAUACAAACAUCUAUAACGUUUUGUUAAUUUCAUUUGGUGGAAAGCAGAACAUUAAGUUUUGGGACUCCUAAACGUAUGCUAAAAGCCAAUGCAAAACAAGCGGGUUCGCUGUCUCUAAAGGAAGAAAAUUCCCCACGAAAAACGAAUAAAUACGAAGUCGUAUGCAUUCUCCUGUACUUUUUAUUUAAUUCUGUGCAGAUAUCACAGACACACAAAUUUCUGUUUUAAUCCAAAUGUUCCUUUUUCAGUUUACGGACGUUUACCCACGUCUUUACCGCAUUUAGCCUAACAAACGUCUUUUCUUUGUUCUAAUAUCAAACAUACCUGUUUUAGCAGACGACUUACCGUAUUGAGUUACGAAAACUUGUAGCCCAGCCACUUUUGCACUGGUGUUUUUUUCUCGUAUCUUUUUAGUUCGGUGACUGCUCUGUGACGUAAUUCAUCAAACUGAAGGCAAGAUCUGAAACCUCUGCAUUUGCGGAUCAUUCGCAAACUCCCAAACGGAUUGACCAGUCUUCGAUUCCGCUUUCCCAACCGGCGGCUCGUCGCAUACUGUAGGUGUACACGUCUGUAAAAAACUUAAAUAUUUGUGUCACGCAAAGCCUAAGUUCUCCUUUUAAUACUUUUUUGCAAACAAACUUAGAGAGGCAAUUGGUAACUGACAUAGUUCGCGACCACACCUGCAUGUCUCUAUCCAGCUCGAAACAAUUGGGUUUUCACUUUAUUCAAACGUCUGUCAGCAUCCUCUGCUGUGGAAUAAUAAUUUCUACUCGUCACGUAAUAUGCGAAACAUGGCCUCUCACACGGGCAUUUUUCCGGAUUGACCCUUAACAUCACAAAUGAUCUGAACCAAGUGCGAUUUGCGUGUGACCCAUAAAACGUCUUUAUUUCACCUCAUAAACAGCUAGUAGUGUUAUGCAACAGGCGUGCAGCUUUCUAUUUAAAAUAGCCGGGCUAAUGCAUGUUUUCCUUACCGCACGCCAUUCUUAUCAGGGAUGAUGUCAAAAGUAGUUAUUUAGGAAGGUAAAAUAGGGUUGUUUUCAAAAAUGGGGGCUAGGGUUAUGGUUCUCUGACUGUCUUGGGAAAUCGCACAAAAUUGCAUGAUGCCACCGGCACUGCACUCGUUGCAAUGACCGAUAAAUUGAGAAGUCUGCAUGCCGCAACAGUGCGAGCCAGUGGCUUCUUCCAUAAACAAAAUGUUAGACAAAGCAGUGGUUUUUGAACGCUCCAGUCACCAAACCUAUCAUAAGCAAUUUCCUAGUAGUGUCACAGUUUCCUCGCGUGCUUGAAUGAUAAAUGCGCCCAUUGUUAUGCAUUCAGAAGAAACAAGAGACACCUGAGCAUAGCUUGCAGAUUUGUGUGAAUGUUUUUGCCCAAAGAAGGUUAUGGUCUACGACUCGGGUAUCAACGCAAGGAAACAUUAAUUCUGACCCUCCUUCAAGUCACACCCGGUGGACCAGAGGUUUCGAGUACCUCGGGUGGCGACUCUCCUUAGCAAUGGCGCUUCUUAAGUUUUGCAAAUAUUCCCACAUCAGGCUUAAAAAGUCAAUUUGAUGAACGCGUGUUUUUGGCAACUCAUCGUCAGGCCAAAUCAGUUACACAGAAAUUGGAAAAAAUGAGAAGUUCACAAGAUUUUAAGGAACUCAGCGGUCAUUAAAACUCAACGCUCCUACGCCACCCGCAUAACGAGGUCGACAUUUUACUACCAUUGGGCAAAGCGGAGGUGGCAUAGGCUGUGGGGUUUUUUCGUAGUUCGAGUACGUAGAGUACACAUUCCUAUCACCAGGGGUUAGUGCGGCGUGUAAUGAUCAUCUGGGACCGAUGUUAGCCACAGAUGACUGAUAGCUUGUGUCAACGUCUUCUGAAAACGUAGCACUGGAGCCGCCACUAGCCGUAUAGUCACUGCCUCGGGCGCAGCUAACGCCCAUUCGCAUAGGCCUCUUGAGACAAGCUGUAAAACUUCCUUGUCAUGGACUCGGUGAUUCGCAUCGACAAGAUGUGCGAAAGAAAAGUUCUAUAUCGAUCUGUUUUCACAUCUGUCUAGCCAGGCCGGUAUGUGUUUGCGUAUUCUCUUUCCUAGGCGUCUCGUUGCACGGUCAGUGUUUGUCGCUCCACAAGAGUAAACACACAUCUCUGUGCACUGUAAUGAUAGUCCGCCCUAACCUUCCAAACGUAGGAAGGGGAUUUUGUGAAACAUACAUUCAACUUCGCCGCAGGGAAGGCGCUACUGAUCGCUGUUUUCAGACGCCGUCUUACUAGAUCGCUUUGUAUGUCCCCCCGAAUAGGCAGCCUGAUAAAUAAGUCUUUCUUUUCUGCUAUUGUUAUGGUAGGCUUUUCAGUGUGCUUGUCAAUUUUUCGAAGUAUAAAUCCCUCCGAGCAUAUGCUUUCAGCGGUUGUUGGAGUUCUGGUUCAACAGUUUCGGGAGAGCAGAUACGCUGCACUCUAGCUGCUCAGCCCUGAAUCAAAUAACGUUCAAUAUUUUGAUGAACCAAAUUAACUUAUUGUCCCGUCCGGGUUAUCUUUCCUAAUACCCUACGCUGGAUAGGUUCAUCCCAUUUCUGUGCAGAAGGACAUCGAGUAGCGCGAUUUCAUUGAUUGUGUCACACUCUACAGAGAGCCUUAACGAUGGUUGUGCACUGUUAAACUUUUGAAGCAGGACAUGAAUGCCGGUGUUAAUUUGUAUGUACUGAGUAAAUCGUGUUUUAUGCCCUGGUAAUUGGUAAUUUAAACGAUGGCACAUGUUGCGGACCUGGCGGUUUUGCAAAAAUUGUGGCUAUUACUGUGUAUGACCCCAAACCUCUGUAGACAUUAAAUUAUUCCCCUGGCAGCUUGCAAAAAUGUCUUUGGAGGUGUUGUCGAGCGUGCUCGGCCCGAGGGGGAGGGCAACUUUUUUGCGAUCCCGAUCAAUUGUGUGAACGCCUUCGGGAACCAUCACUGGCAGAAAGAUUAUAGGCACUGGAAUAGUCGUCUUCGGCCUAUUAGUCGUUAUCGUCCAUCCAUAACCCAAACUCAGAUGCUCGCGGGGUCUAGCGGGCCACCGGGCAUCCUACCACACCAUAGAAUCCCCUGAACUACUGUAGACAUGUAUGUGUGAAAGUUGACGUGAUCCUACUUGAAGAUUUCACAUGGUCGUCAUCGAGCUAACUUUGGCAACAAGGCAAGCACCUCCUACAUGAAAUCCUUGUUGGCCUUUGGGUGAACCGAACUGCACAGGCUGGCAUCGAGAGUGUACUGUUCGUUAUUCCUCCAAGGAAGUCCGCAUAAGACUUGCCAUAACGUCCAGAACCCAUUUAAUUACCUAUGACAGCAAAUCUUUUUCAGGGUCUCUAUGCUGGUUCAGGUAUGCGGUCUGUCUUUCUUAAGCUGCAAGAAGGGGUCUUUGGAAAGCAGGGUAUGUUAGUAAAAAUGGCAUUCUACCCCGUGUUGAUCGAGAGGCAUUUCUUCAAUCAGAAGUGGCACAGAUUGGGUUCGUCUAGGCCACUGAGUAUAGACGUAUUUGUGAUAAACCUCAUCUGCUUUUCUACGGAACCAUAUGGACAAAACCACCGCCACAAAACCGUCAAAGUAUACUCUGGAAACUAGAAUAUGCUGUUUGGAUAACGUCUUGAUCCAUUAAAUUAACAUCUUAUUCGAUUUCUAAAAUCGUUGCCUGCCUCCUGAGAUUAAUUUCAUCCGAUUCUAUGUUGAGUGGGAACAAAGUUAACGAAGUGUUUCGUGAUAUCUAUUGCAAUAUGAAUUGCACUCAUCAUACGGACGACUUUUGCCGUGGAUUUUGGCUGAUUCUUGACUGUACUUACAAGUAUAUUUGGCUUAUUUGGGACGUCAAGUCUUAAUUUUUUUACAUUCCAGUGGAUUGAUGCAGUGAUUUCCCGGGAUAAAUUUGAACAAGGCGAAGGCGACAAAGCAUGCAGAAUUUAAUGACGUCAUAAAUUUCGAGACCUCUCAUUCAGCUGCACACGGUCGUUGCAUAGUUAUAUUACAAGGCAAAACUGUUCAAUCAACGAUCGACCUAGAGAGCUAAAACGUGAUAGGUAACCUGAAACAUGGGUCUAUUAUGCGGGUGCAUAUGGUGAGGGGGGGAGGGGGAGAGAAGUCAUCCAAGUAUGUGAGAACUGGUGCAGCGUGAUUUGGAGUGCAACGUGCGGGGAGCAUUCAGUCAUGCCGGGGAGAGGGGGGGGGGCGGGUGGGGGCGAAAUGAGAGGGCGUACAUGGGAACAGGGUUUCGUCCAUAAUCGAUAAUUACCAUGGCAGUGCCAGGUUUAUCACAUGAUCCAGCAGCUUACAGAGUUCUGGUUUCCUCCUCCGUAUUGCAGCGGCCCGGUGAGUAGAGGCGUUGACUUCUAAACCAACAGGUCGCGAGUUCGAGGCUCGGGUGUUCCACACUUCGGGCUUGGGUAUGGCUGGCUGACGACGGCUAAUAAGCCAGAAAUGGCCAUUCCAGUCUCCCUUGUCUUCGUCGGUAAUAUCAUUUCAAUUUUUGUUUAUAUCAGUCACCGUCUUCCGCCUACCGCAAUAUCAGCUUACAUAAUUUCCUGUAAGGUGUUAUUGGUAAGGAUCGGGUUAAGGCCCCCAAACGUCUGUGGCAUGCAAACAAUACCUACUUAUUGAAGUGAAUUUAAGUCCGACACAAUUAUCCCGGUUUGGUGUUUCAUCGUACAAGGUUGGGUCGUCUGUUGUAGGCAGUCUGGUGCAUUAAUUACAAUGACCUCAGCUCAGAGACUUGAGAAGCGAUCGUUUAAAAACUCUAGCGAAUUUAUAAGUGGAGGCAAACAUUCACACAGCAGGUAUAGGUGAUGAAGAAUUAGGCAGCCAGAUAAUUCGCUUAUUUUCUGAUCUUUUAAACUCAUCAGGGAAUCUAUCGUCAGAGAGUAAAACAGUAGCAGCAACAACAGAACAAGCGACAGUCACAGGAAGCAUAUACCGGAAGCAAGACUAGCCGUGAAUUAAUAGAAGCCUGGACGUCUGAGAAGAAGUCAGUCAAUCGAUGUGUCGAUUUGGCGCCGUCAUUAAGAUUCCUGCGUUGACAUUUCCAGAUCUGCGUCAGUGAUCAUCGAUUGGCAAAGGGGACAAGGGCGCAAUAUGCAACCCCACUCAGGAAAGAAAUACCAGAUGGCUUUAUGCGUGCAACUAAACGGCGGAAAGGAGAACGUAAUAUUAGAUAAACAUUCGGAUAAAUGUUGAGGUUCCAUAUUGUGUCCUCGAGCGAAGUUCCUCUGCAUAUACUCUUAGAAGAGCACACCUGCCAAGAACUGAUAUCUGACAGUUCAAGCAAAAAUUGAACAUUUAUCGCACUUCUUCCAGUUUUUUUGCAAAAUAAGUAUUAACAAGAGCGUGGAAGCGUUAACUAUAAAAUAGCAAGGACGCAAUAUGCAAUUAUGAUGUGGUUUUCGUUCCCUGAUUGGGGUUCCGUACUCCGUUUUUUCUAGCACAUGCCCUCUAAAACUGUUGCCCGUUCUCUUGCUGCCAUUAUCUUUGACGUUGGUUUUUCUGCACGAGUUCGAAUGUAUAAAAAUAAAGAGGGGAAUAAAAAGGAAACCCGAAUACAAGUGGUUUUCACCUAGUCACACCCAAGGCCAUUUCUUCCCUAGCAGUUCUGCAUUGUGAAGGGAGCCACACUGCUGUUCGCUGAACUAAACGAAAAUAGUCCAACAGUAGUUUUGCAUUUUCGGCGAAAACCUAACAUUUACAUUAGCUACUCCUGAAAAGGCAAUGCUCGUGAAUGGAGGUGAACUUUCCGAAGUGGGUUUCGUCCUUGACUUUUAGAUCUGCACAGUAAGGCCGCACAUCUGCACUACUGACCCCGGUCAUUGGCGUAGUUCACGCGAAACCGAAAGUGCUUUGCCGUCCUGACGCCAUUUAUUGGUUGGCACAAACGUCCUGCCCGCUCCUCAGUGGACACGUCGUUUGAAGUGCAUUAUUCAACUGCUUAGGCGUGAGUUCUUGUGCAUUCAUGGAGCCGGUGGCCUGUGGGCCAGGAGGGUAAAGUACAACUAUAACCAUAAGAAGAAGAAGAAGAAGAAGAAGAAGAAGAGGAAAAAGCGAUCGCAGGUACAAGGGCGUUAUUCGUCUGACGUUUCGGAUUCCCACUUGAAUCCAUCAUCAGAGACCGUGGCAGAAAAGGUGACUCGUGCACAGGAAAUCACAGUAUUUAUAGGAUGCAGUCGCUAUGCUACCGCAUACCUAUAGCAAUUAAACGCGCUCCCCUUCAUCAAGGAUUGCUUCCCGCUGGUGCGCUAAUUGCUUGAUGGUCCGCAUGCAAGUUGUUAAUUGCCAAAAUGUCAUCACCCGUAUUGGGUGCUGGCGUGAUGAUUGCUCGGCCAUCUGUCUCACCGGCUUGCGCGCUCCCCGAUUGGUCUAUUACCUUGGCCAGUCUAUGCCUCAGCACAGAAUAUGGAGUGGGAAUGUCGUUGCACUUGUUGAUAGACUGAGCUCCCGUGAACAAUGACUCAAACAACUCGCGGCUCACGCGAUUAUCCCCCCUCGCGAGAAGUUCGGCCUCAUCGAACUUAAAUGUGCGGGCGCGUCUCGUUGAAUGGGCCGCGACCUGAGAGUUGGCGUCAUUUCUCCGUACCGCUGCCGCGUGUUCGGCAAUUCGCGUUGGGAGCAGUCUUCCAGUUUCACCGACGUAGUUGCUCUGUCCGCAACUGCACCAGAUACGGUAAACGACUCCAUGAAACAAAUUUUCGGAUUCCAGCAGUAUGCACAAGUAGCGAAGAAGACGACUGCUCGUUCCUCAGAACCGUUUGUUCAUUCUCCAGCGUUCUUCAGGUCAUAUAGUAGUCCAUUUUAAAAGACUAAAACGACAACAUAACAAGCAUCAAUUAUAGGGAGAAUAAGUCAAUGCAAUAUCAGUAACAGCGGUCAGUAGGUGACUGCCCUGGGCUCUUAAUGCCGGCACCAGAUCAACAAACCGAUUAAUUUAUGCAUUUUUACCUAGUUGUCGUGGAUUUUUGUGGACUGUGGAAUAGGAACGCUCCGCCCAAGUAAUAAAAGUGGACCUGCGCAUAACCAUGGGAAAGACAAAACAUUCCUGUCCUAAUUCCAACUAUAACCCCACCCUAAAUCUGCAGCUAACAAUAGGCCUUACCUUAACCCUAAACUUGAUCCUUACUGUCAACUUUGGAUUUAGCUUUAAACCCAGUCCUUAAACUGAUCCCCACCCUAAACUUAAGCCUAAACCUGAUAGCACUGGAAGCCGACUCAAGGCCACCCAUAUUACAGGCGAUUCCUUCUCUCAUGGCCUGUUUUGGGGGAUAUAUAAGCCAUUCCUAUCCUUUUUGCGUAUCGUUCCUGCAAAAGGCAUGAAUAAGGUGUUAACUAUUCCGCCUCUGCGCACUGCUUCACUGCCGCUUGAACUGCAGGCUUGUAUGAGGACAUUUCCUAGCCCGGAAUGAACUCACAUCUAUCCGGGAUAAGGGGGCACGCACCACCAAGACUGUGACUUGGGGACACAGUGGAUGUUGGGAAGAUCAUAAUUCCACUUUUGUAGGUCACGUUACGAGUUCCUAAAUUGGCUGAUUGAAUACUUGUUUGCUUGAAUCACCAAAUGAAAGCGCGUUUUCGGUUUGCCGAAAUUGUAGACGGUUUGUGUGCUAGCAAUGCGCCUAGUCCACUCCUUCUUUGUUGGAAGCACAAUUUUCAGACGCGUGCCAUAAAUGUAGGUUUUAGUUGCAGCCUUUGUGCUUUAUUUUAGAGUGCUGUGUAGGCACAGUCAGUUUAGCGCGCAAACACAAGCAGAGAAUACGUUUUCAAUGGUUUUUUUCGGUGCCUUGCUGGUGAUAAAACUGCACUUCACUCCCACCCUUGUUUUAGGCUGCUUGUUUUGAGUUCUCAAGCCUUAGCCUCAAUGCCGAUGUUGAAAGUGAGUCUUUUUAAAGGCAUUCUUUUGUGUUAAAAAUUUAAAAACGUAAACACUUUGCUGUGAACCACAGUCUGUGAGCUAACUCAUUGAUUGUGAAGGUGCUUUGAUCGCUAGAUACAGUAGGUGGGAUUACUUAUGAAAUGUCAACCGAAAUUCCGAAAUGCUUUUUCGUUUCGAAAUAUUAAUUAAGUAAGUUUGUUAACUAAUCAUCCUGCAGCAUAAUUCUAUAAUAAUUCAGUUACCUCUGGGUGUCGGCCUUCGAGCGAACUUCUUUCCAGAUAUAUACGAAAACUUUACUCCUUAAAAACUGACUGCAUAGGCAACAUUCAUUUUUCUCACUGAUUUUCGAUGCCCUUAACAAUUCAAUUACAUUUUAUGGGAAAAAUGCUUGAGAAUAUUCAUUCUUCCGCUAAUUCAUUAGAUAAUGACGUCUUUAUCCGAUUGUACACUCAUACGAAGAGCAUAAUUCGGUUUUCAAAUUUUUUUCCAAUUUCCGGAUAAUUUUGAACCCGACCUGCCGUUACGGAUGUAUUCAGGGUUUCCAAACUACAAGGCGUAUAUUUUCCGCGUACGGAUAGCCAUACAUUUCUCCAGGUUAUUGAUGGGAGAACGUAUGGGAUUCAUAAAAUUUAACAGUGGAUUUGAGCUAAAUUGUUAACUUUACAAGCCACAUUGGUUAAUGCACAGGCGGCGUUUUAUGAAUGGCAAUCUCAUGGUAUUGAAAAACGCAUAAUUAGUACCUUUUUAAAAAACCGAACUAUGCCCUUCCUUCGAGUAUAGAAUUUUAUGAAAACGUAAUUUUCUACCGAGCGAGUAAAAACAUGAAUGUUUUCAUGUCCUUUUCCCAGCAAAUAUGAUCGAAUUUUUAAGGCAUCAGAAAUCAAUGACAACUAUGCAUGUAGCCAUUUGUUACAGGGUAUGGUUUUUGCAUGCAGCCGAAAAGAAGUUCGUUCGAAAGCAAGUAUUCUGAGGAAACUGAAUUAUUAUAGAAUCAUACUGCAUGAUGAUUAGUUUUGCAAGGCUAUUAAUAUUUUCGAAAGGAAAGCGUAUUGCAGAAUUUUGGUUGACAUUUCAUGACUAAGGCCACCUACUGUAGAUUAGAAUGGUUGUUCCUUGUAAAAGCACAUACAGUGAUUAAGUGGGAUCAGAACUAUAUUUCCAAUCUUUACGCACUUAUUUAUCCCGUUUAAGUUAGCAAAAAUCAACAAUACUUUGUAGACGUUUGAGACUAUAAAGCAGGACUCAUACAAUGACUCUCACGAAAAUCCAAUUUAAACCGCACUCUUGCGACUGUUUGCAUUUACACUUUUGUCAUGUUUAGAGCUGCCGAACUAUGCAACCUUAAUUCUUGCUCAAAAUGGGUAGAAUUAUAAAUGAUCCCCAGGAAGUCACAAACGUCGAAAUUCUAUCAGACUGUUUUCGGCUUUGUGCGUCGCAGUUUUGCGGUCCUUACUGGAGCACCAGCUCUAUUUCUACCCUGCCUCCUGAUGAUUCGCGAUACUUUCUGCAGAUCAGCCUUUGGUGGCAGUUGGUCACACGAUCACUCAUGAAGUGGAAUGAACCAACCCACGCACAGCCGCGUAAAUUGUGUGGUGUAGCCUGAACUCUGAAAUUUUUUGCCUGCAAACACUGACGGUGUUUAAAAGCCCUUUGUGAUUUACUACCGCUCAUGACCCCGCAAAGGCUAAAGUUACAUUGUUAACACCGUGGGAGAGUUGCAAGGGCGUGAGAAUAUAGGCGGGGGGGGGGGUUAGAAAGUGACACGCAGCCCCGACGUAAUGUAACGGUGUGUUAUAAAGCCAUCAGACGCUGCAAUUAUCCACUUCGUAAAUUUUAUUUGCAACACGUCGGGGUCGCCAACUUGUAAAUUCUAAGCAAUGACACUAUGCUGGGAGCAUUAACACCCAAGAGUGGUCAUCGAACCUAGGGGUUUAUUACAUACACCACCGUAAGUCGUCCUCUUAGGCGGUACUGGCGAAGCCAGAGCUGAUCUUGCAAGAGUCCAGUCAUGGCCCCGGAGCUGUUGAGACAUCAGUAGCAUCUGCUCCUAUAGUUUUGCGGGCCAAGCUCAAGUGGAAGGUAUCUAAUUGGUGUCUUUUGUGUUUGCUGAUAGGUGGUAUGUCUAGUGGCCUAUGCCAUGUUCAAAUGGCGCAUGGGUAGCUGUGACUCGGUAGAUGCAUGUGCGUCCGAAUUGGAAUUGGUCCAGUGGUUGCGGGUCAGAACGUCUGGGACUGUUGGCUGCAAUGGUGAAUGGUCUCGAGACAACGGCGCCUUGAACGCGAAUACCAUUCAUAACAACGAGGGCUGUUUACAACACGAUUUUCCGGGGAAUAUCAGACUGAAUGUGUCGAAUUUGUGCUUUCUACAGUUCAUGCCGUUGAAAUCGUCUGCUCUGCCAUGCCUCUAUGACAAAUAAGAACCAGACAUCUAUCGCCUGCGAGCAGAGUGGUAGACGGCAAAUUCCUUUGUGGUAUGCAGUAAGUCAGCAUCGUCUCGACCAGGAUUCCACGAUUCCACUCAAAAAAAGGAGAGGGAAGGAUGGAUCCCUCGACGUGGGGAUGUCAUUCUUUCGUUAUUUCUUUCACAGCUACCGUACACUACCGAUUUCUUGAUUUCGACGCACUACACGAUUGGUUUCGUCUGUUGGAAACCCGCUGAUUGUCUAGCAGAGUUUAUUUACGGUUUCUCGGCAUCCAUUGUGUGAAGUAUCUACAACGUCAUAUUAGUCAUUUGUUUUCUAAAUAUGUUCUCUACCUGAAGUAUCUGUCCAAGUGUAUUUGUUCGAUUGUCGCGCAGGAUAUUCAUUUGGCAACAUCAUUAACGACAGGGAAAAUAUCCCAUUGCUACCGACGUGGCAUUGAGUCCGUGGCUGAAUAGUAGAGCGCUGGACUUCAAACGUCAUAUGAUCACAUAAUCUCAAGUUCAAGUCCUAGGUAUCGUCGAUCUGGAACUAGGUAUGACUUGCUGGCUACGGUCAAUAUUCCAGGAAUUGCCAUUCCAGUCUUCCUUGUUAUGUUAGUAGUCAUUCUCAGAUUACAUAUCCGUAUGUUUUCCUAGGUAUAUGUUUUCACCUGCACGUGUGAGUACAGGUAUUAUGAAUAUAUGAUACUUUAGUCAAGUGUUAUCACCGAGUUUUAAUAUACGGCGGAAUGUCUAGUUUCCUAGUUCGGCUUUCAUUUUUUCAGUGACAACUUGCAGUAAGGCUCUCGGAUAUUUUAUAAAGCAGCCGAAAAUCCGUGGUAAAGCUUUUUUAAUCACCAAUCGGCUCAAAAACACCAAUAAUUCCCCCCUUUUUGCGACAGUUGGACUCUGUGCUACGGCACAUUAAUUAUAAAGCGAAGCAUUUGGACGUUUUUUCUGUAAUUUUGAUAAACGUGCCUACAUUAAUCACCAGUCUGUCUCAAAUUUGACGCUAAAUCUGUGGGCUUCGGCGCACGUCCAAUUUGGCAGCAAACUUCCACAGACAAUAUAUCCGAUGCAAUCCAGCCUUUACGUACUCUGAUAAACUUCCUGACUGCACGUUGCGAAGCUGCGCAAAGUCGAUGACGGGAGCUGAGUUCUGUUCCUGACGUGCUUCCUGAAUGAAAUCAGAUCUCAAACUGUCGAAAUGUGGACGAUGUGUCAACAGAAUCUCUCCAGUCAUCCUGCCUCCGUUUUCAUGCCUGAACGUAGACGCUUGGGGGUGAGGAUAAAAUGCAAGAGGCAGAUGCAGAUUACGCGUACUUCCCUAAUGCCUCCCGGUGACGAGAUUCGAACAACCUCUGUAACCUCGAUGUACCGUCUAAUUUUCUGGUUGCCCCUCCUGUGGUGUCACGCUUCUGCGCUCUCCCAUCUACACUCUUUCGAGGGCAGGUGUCUGACUGAAAAAAAUGCAGGAAUUCGGAGCAGGUAACGUAGAGCUACUUCGACAGGAAUAUAGUAUCCGACCGAAUACAUUUGGCUCUGUUGGGUGCCAUUGUGCGCCCCAGUCUCACGCCCUCGCGUUUGACUCAAAGACGGAAUGCAUAAUUCAGUGCCGGCUCGUUAGAUUCGUGGUGAAGCGCCUGCAUCAGCUGCUUUAGGACUGAGUCAUCUAGCGUGGUUUGUACACAUUCAAGCACAGCUUGCAUUACUCUCGUGUGCACCGCGUAGGGGCACUUGACAUCUCACUGGCGGCCACAUCUGUCACAUGCACGGAAGUGAAGCGACUAUACAUUUUUCAGGCGUCUGUAGAAGAGAGCGGUGUAGGCCUCAAUGUGAACACCUAAAUGUUCGUGGCAGGCGCUUCUUUAAACCGUUUGAUCGAUGACGCGACUUUUUAAUACUAAACAAUCAAUGCCUUUCGUGGUCUAUGUUUGAAAACUGUUGCGAAAACAACACAAUAUAAGGAGAAUAUCUCUUAAUGGUUAUCUUUUCUGUCUCUUAAAACGCGAGUGGAAGUUUUGAAAUAUAUUUUAUAUUUGAUACAAUUAAUAAGUCGGCGUGCUAAUGCCGAUCAGUUGAAGCAAUAGUUCCCCGGUAUGAAGUUGAAACAAGCAUGUACAGUAGAAUGUAUUGGAACCAACAAAUUGGGCGACGACUUAUUAACUGUAAAUUGUCGGUAUAUGGCAGAGAUUACGAAUGAAGUUACAGACAACUAAGGGUUCGGGUUGUGUUGCCGUUGGUUCGAGUCUUGAAGAAGGAGACACGAUCGCUGGGGCAAAAGCCUUAUUAUCCUGACGUUUCGGAUUCCUGCUCGUAACCAUCAGUAGAGGCAAAAAACAAAUCCGGGUGGUUCAUGCACAAGGGGUUGAAGUACUUGGAGGAUGCAGUCACCAUGUUACUACAUAUCUACGAAUGUCCACGUCUACCCUCUUCAUCUGGGACCGUUGCACACCAAGUGCGACGAUCCCGGAUGAACGGGGGGAGAAAGUCGUGAAUGUUCAUAGGUAUGCAGUAACAUGCUGACUGCAUCCUAUAAAUACUGCAGCCCCUUGUGCAUGAGCCACCCGUGUCUGCUGUUGUCUCUGAUGAUGGUUUGAGCAGGAAUCCGAAACAUCAGACCAAUAAAGCUUUUGUCUCAACGAUUAUGUCUCUUUCUUCAAGAAUGCUUCUGGGAACUCGUCUCUUCGCUUUUAUUGGCAUUGAGAUGUCUCCUCGACGUCCAUGAGUUCCCUUUUAACCGAAGGCAACCUUUACGAUGUUGAUGAAUGCCUCUCUGCUAAUGAUUGUCGUUGUUUUUUCCCAGUGAACACAAUGGCCGUCGUGACAACCUGGUGACGAUAGUUCCUGAAGGUUUUCCACAUAUUUGAUCUUCUGUGCCGUCUAGAAAAUAUGACCUCACUCAGCAAUUAAACCACUUUACAGACCUAGAGGCGAUGCUCAACGUGUUGCAUUGCAAAAUCUACCCCCAAAACCUACCACCCGGUAGAUACGAUGAUAUAAUACGGCGGAUGGAUCGGAGUCCGGAUCGUGAAAACGCACCCAUAAAAAAUGCUCUCACUCGUGGCUUUGAUGUCGGACGCGGCUGCGGGCAUUUGCGGAGCUAAUUGGGAUCCCUGCCGCCCACAGUUUUCGUCAUUUUUGAAAAGUCUCGUCAACUGUUUGUUGUGGACCAAGGGAUGUGGGUGUACGCCAAGGUGCCGGUUCUCGCCCUGCCAACUACCUGCGCCCUCUCCCGCCUCCGGUAUUCUUGACCUGGUUUUGACACUGGAUCUGAAAUGAAGAGUAGGAGAUAGUGCGGUAGAUACUGCGCAAGUUUACCGCCACUUUGGACUAAUUUACGCGCAAGUCAUCGUCCCUACUCUAACUCUGUUGCAGUCCACACAGUGGACUCCAUCGAAACUGUCGGUCGAACUGUCACUUUGCAAAAUAUGCCCGGCAAUUAGUUUCAAGUUUAAAAGUGAUUUUGCCGUGACUUUUUUGUGCCGACAAAUAACCUUGAUAACUUCUCUCUGUGAAUACAUUUUACGGACUGGCAAGACUACGUUUUUGUCUGAGAUGAACAAAGUCGCCGUUCAUUUGUUUGAUGUUCUUUUGGUAAUAAUUUGUCACAGUGACCAUCCCCGUUCUAAACUCAAACGACAGUCCUUCUGCCGCUACGAUCUCUAUCCGUAGAGGUAAGGCUGCAGACACCGUAACUGGAAAGUCGUGGGCACCACGUCCGUACUUAAUAAGAAAACCUACCAGCCAACCAUAUUGCAGUGUUUUGUGACACAUUAUACCGCUGAUUUGCAUAGCAGAACUUUAUAAAGCAGAACGCGCCCUUCCUUUAGCGAAAAAAAUGUUAUUCCGUGUACCUAGCCCCUCCUGAUUUGCAUCUUAACAAAAUCGGAUUUCUUAGUCCGAGAAGGCACUUGCUGCAGGCGUUUCUGCCCUUUAUUGCAGCUUUUUCACAACAGACCGCUCACAAAAUUGGAGCCAUGACUGUGAAAAGCUGCAUAACAUGGGAAUGUACUGGAACUGAAGAAAUUUCACUUUUUAUCUAAAACGUGUCAGUAUACCUUCGACAUAAAUGGCCUCAAGACACUUCCGCCUUCCAGAGGAAGACCCUGCACGUUUCCAGUUAAUCCACAAAGCAAGUAGUGAACUAUGCACCUCCUACUUGUUAUUCAGAUUUCGAUCAAAACCCUCUAAUUGCUUCACCAAAUCCAUGCUACAGAAGCAGUUAGCUUUUCAUGCAACAUCUUAUGCUGCAAAGGUUGUAAAACUGCAAAAGUGCUAAGUGGAAAAUGUGGCAUUGGCAGUUAAAUGAAAAAAUCUUCAACUGAAAGUAGUUUCAAAAUUGUCGAGGCCUAAAUCGGAUUUCCCGAGAAAAGCUUUGUAGUGGUAUGACACAUCCAACGUCUGGGAGCUCCACCGUGCCGACUGACGGGAUAUCAAGCGGCGUAAGAAAUGCAGAAGGUACAAGAUGCAGUGAUAAUGUUAGGGGGAUUUAACAGAACUGGGGUUGAGGCGGACGAGGAAACUUCCUUGCCAAUAAAAUGGAAAGAGUAUGUUUGUGGUGUGUUUGCUAGUUCCUUGGAAUUUAUGAUGUAGGUCGUUUACAGAACGCAGAUUACGGAAGGCCGAAUUAAGUAGAAAUUCCUUGUUUUUCAAGUACGACUGAUGACAGGCUACUAAAUGAAAGGCGCAAAAUUUAGAACAACCUUGCACAUAAUGCAGAAAAAAGUGAUUUUUGAACUUCUACUGAUGUGCCUGUUGUUGCGGCCAAGAGCACUGGAGUUAACGAUGCAGGUAAAUACGGUUUCUGUCAUUUGUUGUGUGCCCAGAACAAAUUAUGUUUUAACUUCUGUGAUUACGAGAUAAUCGCAUGGAACUCUAACUAGGCAGGAACAUCGGACUCCAGCUAGUACCUAUGUCCGCAUAUUCAUCCCUAUAUAGACAAAUCUGCUUAUUGAUAUACCAUCAAACUUGGCCAUUAGCCCUUUUAUUUUGUUGAUCACUUUUAUCGAGCCGACAAGCACUUGUUUCAGUUGAGAAGUCUCAUCAAAAGUGGUAAUUUAACAAACAACCGUAGUCCUAACAUGGAUAGCAUGGAUUUGGGCAAACUAAAACUCGGCUCUUUUUUCCACUUUGGCACCGCUGUCCUGACCAAAACGCUAAGGUAUCUUGUCAAAACGUAGCAGAAUUCCGGAAAUACCGCAUCCGAUAUCACGAUCGGCAUAAGUGCUCACGAGGACAGAGAAAUUACGAUUUAAUUUAUUCCGCGGUAGGACUGUCUCAUACGGCCCCCCUUAAACAGCAAAAGCCUGCAACACGAGUGACUUUAAGCCAGUUUGCAGCGCAAUUAGAGUUGGAUGUAAGGUUACAGUUAUGAUUAGGUUAAGGAUUAUAUCUAGGGCUAGAUUUAAUGUUAAUGGUAAGCUAAGUGGGAUUGAAGUUUAGGAUUUAGGUAGGAGCUAGUGCUAACUGCAGAGAUCAGGCUUAGGGUAGGGUUGAGGUCAAGAUUAAACAACGGUUUAGUUUUACAUUGGGAUUAAUUUUGGGGUUAGGACACGGGUUUAUUUUGCCUCUUUCGGUUUUUUGCCCAUGCCCUGCUGUAUGACAUGGUUGGGACGUUUUUAUUUCCAGGUUCUGUAUAGGGGGGCACAUAAAUCAGUCCUAUCUACUCCGCCCGUGGACAGUCUCACGGUGCAGCCAAUGUUGUUUUGAGUUUGAUUCUUAUAUACUCACUGGUUUUAACUACACUGUCUCCCUCCUUUUCCACUCAAAUCCGCAAAGAUCAUGAAUGGCCCACGGACCGCCCUUCCAAACCUCAACGAGAUACGUCGGGAGAACGAAAUAGGCACCUCACCUGACACUGAGUUUGACGCCCCUACUACUCCUCCUCCACAGCCUCCUCCUCCUCCUUCAUCGGAAACAGCCAUAUUCCGACCCAACGACUUUGGCACAACCCGCGCAUCGCGACCAAUGUUCCCCAAUCUUCCGAGUACGUGUUCUCCCUACCUCAGAUCGCUAUCCAUAUUAUUUUACCUUUCACGUAUGGGGGCGAGGAAAUGCGACUUCGGGUCGUUGUUACAGCGCAGGGGCUUUCGCGGUCAGUAAAACAGUAGCUUCAUCAGCCUGCGUUUUUGAACUCUUACAGAAGUCCACAAUAACGGACUAUGUGAGUUUGGCAAGGUGUGAACAGUUUUGUAGUCAGACAAUGAAGGGUGGGAAAGGGAGACUAGAUAGUGUCUGUGGAUGGUUUGCGUUCCCGCCGUCUAACUUACAGCGGUUGAGUCAUUUCGCCACCAUGGAAGUAGGAGGAGAGUCGGUGUCGGCUUAUAACUCCGUCUACGUAGCCAUAAAAUGUGGCUCUUCUGUUUGUUUCUGAUCUCGUAAUUUUAGUAGCACGGUUGCCUGCUCUGCAUUUUGUUGCCCAUAUAGCAUGUUCGUUUAUUUAAGGUCGUAUUAAUUUUAGUUUUCUUCAAACUCACCCAAAGCUGCAUAAUUUGGAUCCAAAAUGGAAUUUGUCUGCAAAUCUCCCAAGUAUUCUCUACAGUAGAAAGUGGAGAGUUUGUUACCUCUAAACAUUAUGCGCAUUUAAAAGAUAUUCGUCGUUAAAUCGUCUAUUGACUCAGAGGUAUAUGUAGGUUUAUAUAUCCUUAUUCACGUUGGUUUAUAUUUAUAUAUAUUUCGAAAGAAUUAAGCUCUUUAGGAAAGAUUAACAAGUUUUAUUGUAAAUUUUCGAUCUUGGUUCCCCAAUUCGUCUUCAGACGUGAAGUGUGCAACACAGUCAACAUUUAAACAUGCCGAAAAAAUCGAUUUUGCCUUGUCAUUCUAGCUGGUGUAUUGUUUUGAUUGGCUAAUGCCUUUUCCACUUUUCCUUGAGGCUGAUUUACACCGUAUCCAAUUCUACGUGUCGAUUGAUGCAUGCGUUAUCAGAAUCGAUGGCCUCAAAAAAUUCACGGCCCUUUUUAGAUGAACAGCCACCUACAAUGCGGGUCCUGUCCCAGGCGAGUUUGUGUCCAGUUUCCAACGUAUGUAUGGCAACUUGGGACAAGUAGUCUUGCCUUUUUACGGCCAAAGGAUGUUCGUGUAUUCGUGUAAAGGCCGAUUUCCCGGUUUGACCACAGUAAACCGCAUUACAGGUGUUGCAUGGUAUCUUAUAGACGACAGUCGUCUUAUCUAAAUAGUCAACCCUAUCCUUAGGGUGUACAAGCUGGUUACGAAGUGUAGUCGUCGGCUUGCGCGCCACAUGUAUCUGGUGCUUCCUCGGGUGUCUUUCAACUAGUUUGGACGCAUUCUUAAUGUAUGGAAGUGUUCGCCAGUUUUUAGGAUUGGGCGCCUGAUCGGAACAAUCUAGUUCCUUCUCUUUUUCUUUUAACUCCUGUCGUCGCAUGCAUCGGUGUACAAAAUAUCUAGGAUACCUAUUCUGGGGAAACAUACAUGAAAGGAGAAAGUCCGUCGGAAAAAAAUACUUUUACUCGUAAAUUUUCGAGCUGGUUGCGCCAACCCGUCGCGCGACGAAGUGAAUAACGAGAGGGAGGAUUAUUACCUCUCAUUUUCACUUCGUUUGACGACGGGUUCGUGGAACCAGCUCGAAAAUUUACAAGUAAAAGUACUUUUUUCCGAUCGAAUUCCUCCUUUCGUCAUAUCUUCUCGAAAUGUAUGCUUCUUCAGUUAUUAAUAUACAUGUGUCUGUGUGUGCCUGUUUUUAUUUAGAACGAUUUUUUGAAAUUUUUGGAAAAUCCCACAUAUUAGUUUCAUAGAGAUUGUCACAUUAUUUGCUAUUUUAUGUCAUUUGCUCAUUUUCUUUAUUGACAAAUGCAAGUGUACAUGGCCUUGUGAACUUUAGUAGUUGAUACACCAAUGUCAAAUUACUGGCGUUAUUUGCUACGUUGAUAUUCUCUUUCUCCGAAUGAAGAUGAAUGACCGAAUUCCAGAUGUCUAUAUGCGUAACGAAGAAGACUGAUUGAGGACCGGAAUCAUUUGUCUGUUUGUCCGUGAUCUUCGAACUCGUGCAGCAGUCCUUCGUUAAAGUUAAAAUUAGCAACGGAACCGACGAAAACUAUAGUGUAAAUCAACCAAUCAGCGGUUAGUAACGCAUGCGUGGACGGGGCUUCGCAGGGCGCUGCGUGCCGGGUCAAGGCAAUUGACCGAUUGAUUGAGUACUCAUCCUAGUCACAGGGCUCGUCUUGCUUGUUGACGGCCACAUGCAACAGUUCGUUGCCCCGUCGCAGAACCAGCUUCUAUGUUCUUAAUAGCCCUACUUGAACAUUCAUCCGGUUUUAAAAAUUGUUUACUAAACGUCAAUUCCUUACUGGACAAAAGGUCUUCCAAAGUUUUGACAGAGCUUCCUGCUUUUUACAAUGCACAGGGUCAGGCUCUGCGCAAGUUCGUGCGUGAAAAUUUAGGCUCCACGUUUCUCAAAUAUACAUAUUAUGGACGUGCAAUGACACCAGCAUAUAAAAUAGCAACUCAAGGAAGCUUGGCACGGCUGAGAUCAUUUGUGUGUGUGAUUGUUUCAAAGUGUUGCCCUCUCUCAUCUAACUUAUUUAAAACGGAUGGCGCAUUAGUAGAAGUCGGGCCGAUUUGCGACUCGUAGAUACGAGAUUCUUAAAGACCCUAACCGCAUCGAAAUCAGAUGAUGACGAUGAUUGUACGAUUGAUGCCGCAUGACAUGCCGGCGUUUACGUUGGGCAGAAAGACUUCCAUUUUUUCUGAAGUCACGUCUGUCGGAGAAAAAAAACUGGAAUCGUCUACAAAGAACAUGUUGAAAUUGAGAAUUUGCGGUGCUUUCGUGGUAAUUAAAUUUUCCCUCAUAAGACAUCCUUCACCGACUUUCCUAAAGAAGGGAGACGUCUGUUUAGAACAAGUACUUGAUGCGCGCUCUCCGACUCACAAAUCAUGUGUUAGUUAUUGGUGUGUGUUAUCUCGAUUUAAGAUAAUUUUAUGCCGUUUCCUUUUUAUUUGCCUAAUAUCAGACCAGUUCGCCUUCGACUUUAACCGCCAGGCACUUUUUCUUCCGAGGUUUAAGUCAAGUAAUUUAUCACAUAUUCCGUGACUUAAUUGAUAUUAGCUUGCGGAAGUUGGAUCACAGUAAAACUCCCGUUUGCUCCUCAAAGCAGCUUAUCCGGAAGUAUGGACUUACGUACGCGCAUUUCCAUAACUUGCACCUAUUAUUUGGAUUUACUUAAGCCGUAGGUCCAAAAUGUGGCAGUUAUCUUGAAACCCAAAGAGGCGACUAAAUGUUCAUUUAAUUUCACUUGGUACUCCUAUUAAAGUUUAUCGACUGACCUGACCUGUUUCCAUGGUGAUAGGUGGUUGUCAAGUGUCACUUACUUUAAUUUCGACAAAAAUUCGACCUGCGGGCGAGAAGGCGUCAUCACAAAGUCAAAGGUAGGUUGAAUGGGUUGUAUAGAGUAAAAAAAAUAGGACUCCAGAACUCACCAACUGGCCUUCGCAUUUGCGUCGUUUUGCAAAGUGCCUUCCAGACUGACAAUUUUAUUUAAAAUUCACCUUUGUUUCUACCGAGCAUAAAGAUUUAAAUCAAACCUUUAUGACCCAGUUUCCUUCGCUGAAAGCCGCCGUGUAUAGGUUAGGACUGCAUAUAAGACAAUUGAUGUACCGUCGUAAGCUGAGAUGAGCACACCGUUGCAUAUCGACGCCUGUGAGCAUCGUCGCUUUUUCAUCCUCCUUUUACUUGAUUUUUCUUACUACUACACUUUUUAAAGUUAGCAGAGCGCUGCAUCGUUUGACAUCGCGUUCCCCUGAAUAUUCAGUUUACUACUCUGUUUUAUAAAUCGCUCUGUGAGGAGGAAACGAUAAGGUUUUGUUAUAUUCAUCUGUCCUCUGCCCUAGAUUUUUUAAGCUGUGAAUUUUACAGUAUACCUAAAGCAUUACAAGAUGCAUCGGACCUGCCUGGCUGUUAUUGAUUCCAAGGGAGAGGUUCCACAGACUCCUUCGCUAAUACAUGACGACCAGGCUGCAUGAAGGAAUGCCUGAAUUUAGGAACUCCUGUCUCAGUCAGGAGUAUCUCUAUUCUCUGACGGACAGCUGAGAGCAAUGCAAUUUUUUUCGCAAGACCCCCCUCGUUGUCAGAAAUCGUAUUAGCCGCAGGACCCGGGAAUAUAUACUUGCCCAUUAUUUAAGUGGCCUUUCGCUAACUCCCUGUGAGCUCAGAGUGAGGGUCAGUGUUAAGCUAGCGACACAGCAAUAGGUGAGGUUAUUGCUGUCUAACGCAAGUUCACCUGCACUACGCGGGUGGGAGUCCUUAUUUCCAUGUCUUACCGUACUAGCAAGUGUGGGUCGUUUGGGUUAUAAUGUAAUUUGCUUCUUCUAGUGCUCUGUGUGAUUUCUGUUCCUGUAAAGUUCCUUUAGCCUCCAGCUGACCGGAACUCGUUGAGCUCAUGUUCAUGAAAUGACGGACUUUUUAAUAUACGCAGCACAAUGAAAGCUCUGGUUGCUUUGAGUAAGGCACACAGCGAAAUAAAAGUCUCUUCGAGAGAAAGGCCUAAAAAGCCGGCAAAAGACGGCACCGAGCUAAAUAAAAUUAUGCAAUGUGCCUCUCACGUAUGUCAUCAUGACAUCUGUUCCAUCUACUGUAUAUUAGAUGCGCUUUACGUAUUGUGGAAUGGAAUAUGUGGUCGUUAAAUCAGCCUUUAUUGCUGUCUAGAGAGGAAUGAUUAUUUAUGGUUUUACAAUUCCUAAAAGCCUAUUUACCGUGGCGCAACACAACUCAAGAUCAGACGCAGUGCGGUUGUAUUUCAUUUAUUCUUUUUAACUUACUAUGCCGGUUAGUAUAAUUAAAACUAAAGGCUCUUGACUCUAGUCAGAGGAAUGAAUAACUUUUGGUAUUAAAAAUCUGGACUUUUAAAGCCUCAAAUUUGCUGGGAUGAUAUAAAGCUAUAAAAAGGAGUUGACAAAUCGAAAAAGUUGUUUGCAUAUGGGAAUGUUGAUUUUUAUAUUUGUUUCAACUGUUUGCCACGAAUUUGAGUUCUUAAACUUACCUGGCUACAUAUCCAGAGGCUUGACUGCCAACAACACGGAAAAUCUCAAAAUCUUAUUUUUGUAAAUUCUACAGCGGCCUGUUGAGCUUUAUAUUAUGCAAGGUCCUAUCCAUAGCCCCUGCUACUACCGGAGACAUAUUUGACGCAGAGGAUACCUCACAUGUGCUCAACCUUCCCACGCACUUGACCAUAAGCAGCCUACUUCUGUUUCUGUCGCCUAGAUAACCGUGUGCUUAUUUCCGUCUGCCAAUCACGCAUUAUCGCCUUCUUCGUUGUGCAGUUCCAAAACGAUUUUGUCAAUGAAAAAAGCCCUCAAUAUGCUCUCACCUUCAACAGCUGGUGGGGGCAAAACAUAUGCCCCCGGUUUCACUCAUAUUUAAUUUUUUUCCUUCCCUGGAAUCAUAAGCCAACGAAAGCUGCCCGCGCUGAGAUAGCUGUUCUGAGAUCUUCUGAAAUUAAAUCGUUUACCCAUAAAGAUAGAGGUUGUGUGACCUUAAUUGUUCUACAACAGUCGGUACAGAAGGUGCGAACUGGGCCAAAAAGGGGGGUAUCAGUUGGACUCAGUUCACUCCUUCAAAGAACUGUGCUGAGCCUAUUUACGCCGAGCCGUUGACAUAAACUAGCGCGCUAGACGCUGGGCCCGGUCUCGCCAGUUCGACCGUCGUUGCCGACGAUGUCCACCGUUUGCUCCGUUGCAAUGUAAAGGCAUGCACGCUGAUUCGCGCGUAAAUUAGUGUAUAGUGAGAGUGGACUUGUACAGCAUCCAUCGCACCAUCUCCUUCCCCGCCUGUUCUCGGUGUCAACGCAUAGUCAAACAGACCGAAGGCGGGAGAGGGCACAAGUGGCUUGCACGGCUGUACCCGCACACAGGGGUGCCACCAUCCCCCCUGGCUCUCAACAAACACUUGGCCAGGAUUCUAACCAUCAACAAAAAUGGGCCUGAAAGAGCAGGAUGACGUGAGUCAGUGGGCAACCGUGCACACGACCCGUAUGGCCAGCGGGAGCGCAAAGGCUUCUCCAGCAGGGAACCAGGUGCCAGAGAGCUGCCAGCGCACACCAGGCAGCGAGGACCAUGAUUUUCACAAUCACAGCAUGACAGACUCACACAAGGCCCUUUUAACAACAGUGGAGGGACGCUCACCGAUUGUGCUACAAGAUACAGUCGUAGUGAGAGUAGAUUUAUACAGCAUCUACCGCACUCUUCCAUUCCCCUCCCAUGUGGGGUCGGUUUGAAGACAUAGUCAAGAAGACCUAAGACGGGAGAGGUUGCCGGUAGCUGGCACGGCCGGACACCCUCCUAGACGCGCCAACCCACACCCCUCUGGUCCACAUCAAACAUUCGACCAGAAUUUUAGACGACAACAAAAUCAACAGGUCAGAAAGAGGAAAGGAAGACACAGGUCAUUGGGGAACCAUGCAUAAGGCCUGUACACCCAAUGGGAGCGCAAACGGCGGGGUAUCAGUUUCCAGAGAACUGCCACUGUACACCAGACUGCAAGGGCCAUGGUUUGAUAAGGCGUUGCAUAGCAUAUGCACACAGGGUCUAACCCAAGCACCCGUCGGCUGACAGGCUAGGACAGUCGACUGCUGUAUGCGAGUGGAAAAGAGGAGGUUUAGACCGACCCUGAAUGACCAGACUCACUAGAACAUCAGCGCAUUCCUCAUUAAUGAUCAGUCUAUCGCGCUCGAUGAUCUCAAGACGCGUUAUGAGUCGUGGUUUGAGGGGUAGUCAACUGACAGGAUAGCGCGGUCUUUCUCGGAAGUGAGAUCCAGUCUGUUAUGACUCCUUCUUACCGUGGCCUUUAUGACGCUCCCACACUUGCUAGUUCUAAGGCCUCUUAAAGGAAUGGGGUCGUGUACGGCAUGCGUAGACAACCUGUUUGGCCAGUGCGGCCAUCUUGGUAGUGUUUUGCUUUUGGAGCCAGGUGGGCAGAUGCGAAGAGAGUGCGUUAGGUGCGACGCAAGUCCACCGCACUGUAUGGGUCUUCCCUCUGACUCCGUUAAAAAUGUGAUGGACGUCUUCGAUUGAGUUGAUUCACACUAAAACGAUAUUAACGCCACCCGCAUACCCUAGAGCAGUCUGCCUACGCCAAUCCAACUGAACAUUUGUUCAGACUUGACUUGCAAACUGGGUUUUCCAAGGGACGAAAUGUCGAACGAUUCCCAGUGCUGAGAGAUGAACUGAUAUGUUUGAAUUCGGGCGGUUGACAAUUUGAUAUUUUCUGUGGGAUGGGAAGUUCGAAACUUUCUGUACUUUUUAUUUGGCACGUGUGUUGUCUAAAUGGAUCCCAUUUGUAACUAACACUCCAUUUAUGAUUUAACACUGAGAGAAUUCAAAUGAGCAUGUUCUAUGUAUUCGCUUCCGGCGUUUACCGCGCUUACAUCGAUAUUCUUCCGCGUUGAAUGCUCUUCAUCCCGUUGGGAUUAGUUGCAAUUUAUAUCGUAUGCUUCCUGUAAUGUCCUGAGCACAACCGAGAUCAUUAUUUUGCCGGCAAAACUUUGGAAAAUUGGAGAUAAACGAACACAAUACGUCUAGUCCCGAAUAUACCCUCAGCUUCGACAAACCGUUUAAAAGUUAACAAUGCAAAGACGCGGUAUGCGACCCAUUCAGGGGACAAAAACCAGGUCAUCAUGCAGUACGAGUUUUAUGAGUAGGGCUACACCGCGAGAAGAAGGGCAUCCUCGCGACAAAUUUCUCUACGACUAUCAGUCUGAAUAACUCAUGUAUUAGGAACCCGAUCCUUGAAGAAUGAUAACAGUGCAAUCAAAAGUCCAGAAGUCUUCGCAGUUUUUCCAAGUUAUUUUCACAGAAGAAUUCGAUUGCAUUCCAUCCAUUUGCGAGGUUGCGCAGACGUCAUUUACUAAAGGGGCGAGGAUGCAGUAUGCCACGAUGAUCUAGGUUUUGUCGCUUGAAUGGGGUCUCAUACUGCGUCCUUGUCCCGUGGACAAUAUGAAUACGUCGGAAAAUGUUGCUCGGACUCCUGUAAAACCCUCUUUUGACAAAACGUUAAUCCCUCCGCGAGGCUGUUAUACUCCUCUGCGACCCCGAUCACAAUUUUGUCUUUGACGGCCACCGAACGGACGAGUCAACAAGACGUUUAGUCUUCGAUCAUUGGUUAACACCAGACUGCGACCAGAAUCGAUUGAUUUUGACGUUUUUUGGAAGCGCAUAUGACUGUACAAUUGCGAGAGGUCCUCGAAAACAGCCCGGGUAUUAUAGUCACCGAUUCGUCUGAUUUUCUCCGAGAAUUAUCGUAGCCGGGCAACAAGGCCACUAGUAUCGCCAGCUCUGGCUAAGUUGCCGUCAGUAGGCACUUAAUUUUUCCAGCUGUAUGAUGCAACAAACAAUUACGUGUUUCAAAAACAGAGGUUCGGGGCAUCAGCGACCUUGGUAAUCCACUAAAGCCACUUGAGCGGGAGAACAUUUAAUUUUGCAUUGAGUGUGUUGAUGGGAUUAGGAACUUUUUUUCAGUCACCCUAACACGCUCCCUGUUAAAUUCUGUUCUCGUUGCUUUACCUGCAAAAUAAGUAGCACACAGGUGUCGCAUGGAGCCCUUGCAUGUUAUGCCUAUCGGAAUUUUGCAAGCGAAUAGUGUUGUUAGAGCUCACAUCAAGUACAGUAGGUAGGCUAAUUCAUGAAAUGUCAACGGUAAUUCCAAAGUGCGUGUUCAUUUCGAAACGAUUAAUUAAAUAGCGUUGUAAAAAUGGUCAUCAAGCAGCAUAAUUCUAUAACAAAUCAGUUACCUCAAAAUGUCUGCUAUCGAAUGAACGUCUUUCCGGAUGCAAGCCAAAAAUAAACUGUGUUAAAAAUGACUACCAAAGUAGCAUUAAAUUUUCCCAUUAAUUUUUCGAUAACCUUGAAAAUUCAAUUAUAUUUCAAGGUAAACGUGCAUAAAAAAAUAAAGUUCUUUUGUUCAUUCAGUAGAAAAUUACAUCUUUCAGUUUUAUACUCGCAGGAGGGACAUAAUUCGGUUUCAGAAUAGUUUUUAACUGUGGGAUUGUUUAAUACUGUGAAGUGGCCGUUCAUAAAACUUCAUGUCUGUGCAUUUACCAAUGUGGCUUGUAAAGUUAGCAACACGGCUUAAAUCCACUGCUACAUGUUAUGGCGCCCACAUAAUCUCCUCUUAAUGCUGUAAAGAAAUAUAUGGUUUCCCGUACGCGGAAAAUAUAUAGUUUGUAGUUUGGAAACUCUGAAUGCAAGUAUAACGGCAGGUCGAUUUAAAAGUUUUCGGACAGUAGAAAAGUUUUUAAAAUUCGAAUUAACAGCAGAAGAAUUAAUAUUUUUAUGCAUGCUUUCCAUUAAAAAUAUGGUUGAAUAUUUAAUGAAAUCAAAAAUCUAUGAGAAAAUUACAUGCUAAUUGAUUAGUCAUUUCUUCAGAGUAAUGUUUUUCUAUGCAGCUGAAAAGGCGUUCUUUCGAAAACGAAAUCCUAAGGCAACGGAUCUAUUAUUAAAUUAUGCUGCAUGAUAAUCAGCUUAACAACACUAUUUAAUUAAUCUUUUAAAAACAAAAACGCAUUUCGGAAUUUCGUUUGACAAUUCUUGAGUUAGUUCACCAACUAUACUAGCGCAAAUUGCGUUUUCGUUCACGUUCCAUAAACAUCGCGGCUGGAUUGUCACGAAGUCACUCCGUGAAUAAUGUGCUUAAUGUAUGCCAGUUAUUGUCAUGGCUGCCCUACAGAACUCUCUAUCUAGUGUACAUCCAUUACCGCUUUAAAUGCCGACACUUGACAGUCGUUAGUUACGUCAUCUGCUCCACUGGGUCGCUAGAGGUUAAUUAAAUUUACAGGUAAUUCACAUGUGUUCGAAAUUGCCUGUACGUGAAAGGUGGCCGCUUUACGACGUGUUCAAAUGCGUCUACUAAGUGCCUGGCCUACUUAAAAAGCUCCAUCAUCCUGUCUUAAAAUGGCUCCCUAUGAUAACGAUGCAGUAGCCAUCCGCUAUGCCCCCACCUGUUGUCGUAAUAAUCGCUUUGUAGAUUUGCAUUGCUGAUCUGAUUACCAGGAGGAGGUGAAGGCUUCGCGGAAUCCCAAGCGGGUCCAUUUGGGCAGCAUUUCUGAACUGAAUUCCCAUGGCUAUUAACUUACCGUAGGCUAGUUUUUUUCCAUGUGAACGGCGCCUUAUGUACCAACUGCUGUUCGUGAACAGAAACUUGAUUAGCUUCCUGUUCGAUUUGAGGACUGCUCAGCCACCUUUCGCCGAAAGAUCACGAGGGUCUAUGAGCUGCUCUCACAACUGUGUGUAAGAUGAAACCGUGCGCCGGAAUAUCCAUAUGUUUGCACAACAUUAGUCAAAUGGCGUUUCAGAUUGGCAAAGUUGAGAAAUCCGGGAAGAUUAUUAGAAGAAGAAAAUAAGCUCUCAGGAACAGGUUUAUUUAAGUGCUGACGUUUCAAAGACCUGGGUCGGCUCUUCACUGUCAAAGCGUAAACUGCACUUAAUCGAUCAGAAAUUUAAUUUAAAGUGGCAAGUUCUGUUGGCCGGCCUCAUGCUGAUCGAUUUUUUCCACUCCUCCCGUUCCGUCGGCCUCUCGGGAAAUGGUUGACGGGCGUUUGGCCUGUGUGCUUUAUGAGUCAGCACUCUGUCGUGGGGAGCUGAUUGGACUUUAGUCGGGCGGUCGGUCUGGCGUUUCAGCAUGCCCGCAGGUAAUAUUGCAUUUAUCGGCGCAUAACUGGCUGUUUUAGGUUUACUGCGUUUAGGUGAAAGAUCAUAAAAUACACAAAGUGAUUUGGAGUCUACUUUAUCUACAAAAAUAGGGCCUUGAAACUGUGGUCCGCAGUUGUGCGCCCCUGUAACGCGCCACGAGGGAGUUACGUUGAACCAACACGACGGCCGUUUCAGGAUACAACACGUGUUAUUGUGCUGCCCAUUCAUAUUAAAUGCCAUGCAUGGUGUUGUAGAAGGACGCCUGUGCGCAGACCCACGUCGCGCCGAUCACUUGCACCCUUUCCGCCUCCUGGUAUCAUUGGCUCUAACUUGAUACCAGGCUUAGGUGUAUGAGGAAGGAGCGCCUGCGAUAGAUUCAGCGCAAGUCUACCGGAACUACUUCACGCACAAGUCACCGUUUCUGCGCCUGCAAUGCUAUGGGCCGCACCUUGGCCAUUAACGGUAAGAACGAUCGAACUAUAGACCUGCAGAUGUCUUCUCAAAGGGACAAGCAGCUAUCUGUGGCCCGUUAUGCAUACUGCUGGUAUCGGAUGAGUUUAAAUAUCUCCAAGUGCUACGGCGGUAUCUGAAAAUAAGCAAACAACUUUGUACGAAGAUACGCCGUAAGAACGGUGAUAAGAAGGUUUUCAAAUUUCGUGUAUGAUGAAAUGAAACCGGAAGCAGUCACACACAGAAAACGACCUUCAAUUCCUACGGGGGACCUCCUUGAGGAACUGGUGGAGACUAAUCCGUGAAGGAUACGUUCAGAUUUUUCAGAACUGGGCAUUUCGAAUUAUUCCGUGCGGACUCAUUUACAUGCGAUGGAGUGUCAAAAACAAAAAUUUGUUAGUCGGGGCCUUCCGAUUUGGUUGUGUAUCAUAUGAUGUCACGUUUGAGCGUGUGCUCCUAGUGCAAUUGUAAAACAAAAAUAUCCCUUUUGUAGCAUAGAAUGACACCUUCAAAAGAGCGCAGAUUUCGUUUAAUAAGACCCAAACCGUUACUUUGUAGAAGUCAACUGUCUCGAUCAGUACCAAAGCCUGUGUAGUGGUCUGCUAGUGAGGUGUCCACGGCAGCUUUUUUAACCUGUGUGUCAUUUCGAGGAAGAAUAAGUGUGGCAUCACGGUGAGGAUAACAGAACAAAACCGGUUCAACAGAGUACAAACGAGAUCCUUGUGUUAAACUCGCUAGCACCAUGUCCUGUCGAGGACCUCAUAAUGUGAAAAAACAGUUUUCACAGCAGUCUAUUCAUUAUUGUGUGCGAGGUAGACCCCGCUGCCAUUUAAUUUUCCAUGUGACGGUUGCUGCUUGCGGCACUAAAUGUGGCAUUUGAUGCCACACGGAUCUCAUCGCCAACUAUGAGAGCAGAUGUUCCUGACAUAGGUUUUUCCUUCGCGAAGGUCCACCCAACUCCUCAAGUACUCUCUAUAAUGUGUGUCUUCGUCCGGCACGGUUUGUUGUACAGCCAUCGCUACGAAAGUACGACUUGCGCGCAGUAUUGCAUAAUCAUUCUUCACCGGUUUUAACCGACCUUGGUUUCACCCCAUGACUGCACUCGCACCUGGUGGCUCUGACUACCGAGCAGGAAAAUUAGAUCUAGAUCUUGACACUGACCUCGGCCUGACAUUUUGACAAGUGUUGCUGCAUUGUCACGUGCAUCACACGUACAGUAGGUAGGCUAAUUUAUGAAAUCUCAAGAGGACUUCCGAAAUGCGUUUCCGUUUCGAAAAGAUUAAUCAAGUAGGGUUGUAAAGGCAAUCAUUUUUCGGAAUAACUCCAUAAUAAUUCAGUUACUCGAAGACGCCGGCUGUCGAACAAACUUCUUUUAUCAUGCAUCCAAAAACCAUACUCCGUCAAAAAUAGCUAGUUAAGUAGCAGGGGUUUUUUCGUUGAUUUUCGGUGCCCUUAAAUAUUCAAUAAUAUUUCCUAAAAAGCAGGGAGAAAACUAUUCAUUCUUUCCCUGCUUUAGUUAAGAAUUACGCCUUUUUUUCAAUUUUGCUUACCAAGAAUAGGGUAUAAUUUGGUUUUAAAAAAAUUUCCACUUUUGAGAUUUUUUAAUAUCGUGAAAUGGUCCUUCAUAAAACUCCAUGCCGUUGCAUUUCCCGAUGUGGUUUGUAAAGGUUACAAUUGGGCUCAAAUCCACUGCUUAAUUUUGUGAACCCUAUAUGAUCCCCCUCUUAUGACCAUAGAGAAAUGUAUGGUUUUACGUACGCAGAACUUAAACGGCUUGAUGUUUAAGAACCCUGAGUGCAAGUGUAACGGCAGGCGGGGUUCAACAUUAUUCGGGAAUUAAAAAAGAAAUUCAUAAAACCAAAUUAUACCCUUCCUUCGAGUUUAACAUUGAAAGAAGACGUAAUUUUCUACGGAAUCAGCUAAAGAAUGAAUGCUUUUAUGCAUGAUUUCGACGAGCUCUAAUUGAAUCCUUUAGAGCAUCGAAAAUCAAUGACAAAAUGCAUGCUACUUUAGUAGUCAUUUUUACGGAAUAAGGUUUUUGGAUACAGCCAAAAGAAGUUUGUUUGAACGUCGGCAUUCUGAGAUAACUGAAUUAUUAUAGAAAUAUGCUACACAGUGAUUGGCUUUACAAUCCUUCUUAAUUAAUCUUUUCGAAACGCAAACGCUUUGCGGAAUUCCUGUUGAGAUUCCUCGAGCUAGCCCACUUACUGUAGGUCAGUGCAGAUUUUGACGCCUUAAGAAGCCGUUUUGGUGUGAAGCAGUUCCUCGAACUAUGACCUCAACGACACCAGGUUCGGGAUGGGGCCUGGUUUUCCUCACGUAAAUUAACGCGUACGAUGUUGAGGUCAAGUUCUACUCAAAAGUCAAAGGAACUGCAUACUCCUGCGGGCACGUAUUUCCAAGAUUACGGUUCGUCAGGCGGCGGGUAUUUUGCCCCAAGUGUGAUAAAACUCGAGUCGUCCGGCGGGGACCUCGUAGCUCAGGUGGUUAGGACGUUGGCUGCGCUAAAGCCUUCCCCUCUCUGCGCGGGUUCGAAUCCCACCGAGGCGUCGAGUUUUUCACAGUUGUGUCAAUAUGAAUUAUUCAAAAUCUGCCAAAAUAUGAAUGAAUUGCUUUAAACGUUUUGCAGCAUUACGAAUGCUGGACGGCAGAGCUGGACGGGAGAGCGAACGUGCGGUUAAUUCGUGUUACCCAUUCGCGUGCCAUAUUUUACUCCGGCCUUUUAUCUUGCUGGCGGUUAGGUGUCCAUCGUUCGAUGUCUUUUAGCAUUACUUAAUUUUCACGCAUGCUGUAACAUUCUUUAAUGGUUUAUUCAAGUCAGAAUAGGUUUAGAUGUCUGCCUGUUUGUCAUUUGACUGCUUUAUGGAACCUGUAUUUCAGAGUCGCACGUCGUUGCCUAUGCUUUCCACAGCAGUAUGGUUGGCGCAUCAAGGUCGACUUGUGCGCGAAGUAGUUUAUAGUGAUAACGGAUCUACGUUGCAUCUACAGCACUUUCUCAUUCCUCAUCCCCCCGAAUCUCGUUCAGGUGACUGGAGACAGGAGAGGGUACAGCCGACUGACACGAUAUGGGCCCGCGCCUAGGCAUGCCACACCACAUUGUGUUGCAUUUGCUAUGGGUGCACGGCCAAAUAACCCGUGUCGCUCUUCGACCUGGCCCCCCUGUUGGUUCGGCCCAUCUACCACGUGGCAUGUUGUAGAGGAACAGGCAAUUGGGCACACUGAUUAAACACUAACAGUUUCAACAGAGCUAAAACAAGAUUUUUGCGCUAAACGCGCUACGAAAGUACGACUUGCGCGCAGUAUUGCAUAAUCAUUCUUCACCGGUUUUAACCGACCUUGGUUUCACCCCAUGACUGCACUCGCACCUGGUGGCUCUGACUACCGAGCAGGAAAAUUAGAUCUAGAUCUUGACACUGACCUCGGCCUGACAUUUUGACAAGUGUUGCUGCAUUGUCACGUGCAUCACACGUACAGUAGGUAGGCUAAUUUAUGAAAUCUCAAGAGGACUUCCGAAAUGCGUUUCCGUUUCGAAAAGAUUAAUCAAGUAGCGUUGUAAAACCAAUCGUUGCGCAGCACAAUUCUAUAAUAAUUUCAUUACCCCAGGACGCCGGCUUUCGAAAAAGCGUCUUUUCUGAUGGGUCGAGAAACCAUUCUCCGUAAAAAAUGGCUGCUUAAGUGGGAAGCAUUUUUAAUUUAUUUUCGGUGCCCUUAAAUAUUCAAUUAUAUUUCAUGGAAGACAUGCAUAAAAAUACUCAUUCUUUUGUUAUUUUAGUAGAAAAAUUACGCCUUCUUUCUAUUUAAUAAUCUAAGGAAUGGAAUAUUUCGAUUUCGAAAAAAUUUAUGAUUGUGAGAUUUUUUUAAUAUCAUGAACUGACCCCUCAGAAAUCCUCGCGUCCCUGCAUUUACCAAUGUGAUUUAUAAAGGGGUAACAAUCGGGAGAUGGCACCCAAAAAAUCCCUUACCUAUAAAUAAUACCUUUAACAGUGGAAUUGAACGCCUUCAGGCUAUAUCAGUGGUUGCACGCCUGCUUUCACGCACUACUUGGAAUUUCCGCGACGGCCUUACAUGGGCUGGCCGAACGAACAUCGCAGGAGGUUACAUAGAAGAUGGUCGCUGUUACCCAACCUUCCCCAUCGUUACACACGUACACCUGAAUAUACGGCAUACAUUCGCAUUAUGGCAGUUUAUUGUAAAAUAAAAUCCCUUUUAAAUAUGAUAAGUCUGCACAACAUGGGACAGGAACAGUUCCUAGGCAUCUGUCAAAGACAUUGCUUCGAGGCCAAACCAAAGGCGAUACUGUACUUCGCCUAUGUGAGUCCACACAGCUCGACCACAUACAGGGCCUCCCUCGUGGAGUUUCCUUUUCAGUCUACUCCACUAUGUCUCAAUGGCAUUGGUGUGCCGUCCGGUCGUAGGGUCCUUGAAGUCCUUUGAGUGGUUAACAGAGAAAUGUAGAUAACCUUCUGAGGGAAGACGAUUAUACGCCUUACACUCGUUCGUUACCACUAUACUGCCUUUGGCGACCCAUUUUGUAAUAACGGAAUGGAGAGCGGGCCAACUUCGAUCAUUCCCCUGUCCAACUAAGCCUUUCCGUCGGCUAGUAUCGUACAUCCCGACCAGCCACCACACAUAAAACCCCUAUUACCACCUGUCCCGUAAGAUAGGCUUCUGUGGUUAGACGGACGUUUUUGGGUGCCAUCUCCCGAUUGUUACCGAAACCAUGAACAAAAUAUGCUUUCUUUCAGUUGUUCGAUAGAAAAUCACGUUUUCUUUAUGUUUUAUAGUCGAAGAAGUUGUACAUUUAUGCUUUGAAAAAGAUUCCUGAUUCCCGAAUAAUUUGGAACCUGAUCAGUCCUUACAUUAGCUCUUAGUGGUUUCAGUAUACAAGGUGUAUGCUGUUCGCGUAAAGAAAAUCACAUAUUCCUCUAUCUCUUUAAAAAGAUACCAAACAGAGUCCAUAAAAUGUCGCAAUGGAUGUGGCCUAUGUUAUGCAUUUAAUGAGGAACUGUGGUAGACGGCCAGGUACGAUGCCAGGUGAAUGGACAUUGCGUGGUCUUAAAAAAUCUGAUAAUUUGAAAGUUUUUAAAAAAUAAUUAUACUCCUUCUUAGAGUAAAGAAUAUGAAGAAGCCAUGAGUCUUUUUCAAGCGAAUGAAAGAAAGCAUAUUUUUUGGUUUCUAUAAAAUAUAUAUAAAUUUGAAAAACCAUCGAAACUUAACGGGGAAAAUUCAUGCUAAAUAAGUUCUCAUUUUUUACCUAAUAUGGAUUCUACGGGAGAUUGAAAAGCAGUCUAUUCAAAUGUUGAAAUCCUGCCGAGUCCAAUAUAUUAUAGGAUUAUGCCGCACGAUAGUCAGCAUUAUAACCGCGCCUGAGUAAUCCUUCCUAACCGAAAACGCAUUUGAGUAUGCCAGCCGACAUUUCAAGAGAUCAGCCACUCGUUGUUAAAUUAAGCCGGCUUCUUGAAGAACGAGACACAAUUGUUGGGACAAGAACUUUAUUAGCCCAACGUUUCGGAUUCCUGCCCGAAUCCGUCAUCAGAGACAACAGCAAAUACGGGUGCUUCACACGCAAGGGGCUGCAGUAUUUAUAAGAUGCAGUUGUCAUGCCACCGCAUACAUAUGAGCAUUCACGGCUGCCCCUUCAUCAGGGAUCUUUGCACACCAAGUGCAACGAUGCAGUUUACUCGCCGAACCUACUGCAAUGUCUGGAAUCCACCAAAUCUGAUACAGUAAGUUGACUGCAGGACCCCGAAGCUCAGGUGGUUAGAGCGGUGGCUGUACUAAAGCCUCUACCUUACCGUCGUGCGUUAAAAUCCUACCGAGGCGCUGAGUUUUUCGCAGUUGGGUCAGUAUGAAUUAUCCACAAUCUGCCAAAACAUCUCUCCGUUUUGUUGACUUAAGCAACGAAGACGAAUCUCUCCUAUCAUUCGUCUGGUCAAUGAAAUAUUACGAAAAUUUGAAAAAAAUUUUUGUGAAUCGCAGAACAACGGUAUGUGCAUAUGGCCCAUGAGUACGGUGGCAUUACCAACUAUGCGAUUGUUUCUUCACUUGCACCAUUGCCCUAUUCAAGAGGGCAUGAACAUCCUGUGGAUUUCCGAAAUCCCCGGUAAGCGUAUUUUUCUUUCACUCACUGAAGAAUGCAGUCAUUUUCAUUUCAACUAACUAAAACAUAUCAUGCUACUAACGCUCAGAAACUUUAAAUUUUGAUCCAAAAUGUACCUUAUUUGUUUGCUGAGAUGAAAAGGUAAGUCUUCAGCGGAACUUUAGAAUUAAGAUUCACUUAGACUUCCAACUAACCGAUAACACCUCUUCACAUCGGCUGUACUUUUUUCUGCUUUUAGCUUCCGUUUCGACGAGCCGUCUCCCGAGUGUAAUCCGUCUCGGUAGCUCCAGUGACGUCACAAACGAACCCCGCCAGUAUGACCUCCUCAACACGGACUCGGAAGAUGAGGUGGCAAGCACUACAGAUCAGGAGGCGAACGAGGUCUCCGGUGAGGAAGUGCUUGAUCAGCGUUUGUUCGAGCCUGACGAGCGCUACCACCAUCUACGACAACCAGGUGAUGAGUCUGAGGGCACAGAGGGCGGCGCAGAGACUGUCCAAGGGGCUGCGGUCUCUUUCGGCAUUGAUGGAUAUGCGACGUCACGCAGAGAAAAUGACUCCCUUCAGCCUGUGAACGGCAGUCGGGGUGAGAUGGGAGCUGUUGACGAUGCUAUUCUCGCCAGUCCAGAGACCGGUAGCCUUCUGGCUGGGCUGUCUUUAAACGGGAUGACUAGUACAGUCGGCUCUGGCGCUGCCCUAUCCUCUGACCUGUCAACCGUUGGGCGCCCGCUCCAUCGCAUGUUUCCCGCAAAUCGCCUUGAAGUUGGCGAGGAGGCGACACGCCUGAGGGCUAACCGUUCCAGUUACCCGCCUCAGCUGCCCGACCACAGGGGUCGUGCUACAGCGAUUCAUCUUGGCCGUCGACACCCUCCACCGACUUCGCAUUGGAACCGUAGCAGCCGUCUGGCGCAACUGACUGCCGCGGCAGCAACCGCAACUCCGACAUCCCGCUCUAGCGUCUCCAGCGCGGCGACAACGCCACGUGAUGGUCACUUUGGCCCUUAUUUACACACGCAUCAGCAACACCAGCGCUCAGUGUCAGGUAACCUCGCCACAACAGUCAACGCAAGCACGGUGGCAGUUGAGUCGCUUCCCUUUUCAACGGCAUCACCGGAGGGCUGGGUAAUCGCUCCGAGAUCGAAUGUCGCAAUGAAUGGCGAUCAUGUGAACCGCUUUGAUGACAGCCCUCGUGCACCCAUGCUGCCAGUUUUUCCUCACUCCAGCUCAACCUCGAGCGAGGCCGAAGAUGACAUUGGUGAUGGCUGUUCCCCCGAUCCCCACGGAUGGAGGGUGAGUCAUUCCCCUCCAUUUAAAGGGCACUAUAUCGAUGGGCACGGGGCGAAGCUAAUAAAUUUCACCUUAUUAACUAGAGUGAGAGAGAGAAAGAGAGAAGGCGAGUUUGCGAUGUCGGUACCAUACAGUUGAACCUGAUUUACGGCUGUCCGUAUUUUUGAUUUUCCUGACCCACGAAAUUACAAUAGGUUGACCAACUCAUGAAAAGUCAACCGAAAUUUCGAAAUGGCUUCUCGAUUCGGAAAGAUUAAUUAAGUGUGGUUGUAAAACUAAUCAUCAUACAGCAUAAUUCUAUAAUGAUCCAGUGUGGGCAGGGUGCUGACUUUCUGACUGCAUGUGAGAACCAUGCUCAGCAAAAAAUAACUACUUAAAUAGCAUGCAAUUUUCUCAUUGAAUUUAGAUGCCCAUAAAAAUUCAAUUAUAUUUCUUCGAAAACAUGCAUAGGAAUAUUCAUUCUUUUAUUUAUUCAGUAGAAAACCACGUAGUCUUCCAAUUUAUACUCGAAAUAAGAAUAUAAUUCGGCUUUAAAAAACUUUUCUAAUUCCCGAAUAAUUGCGAACGCAGCCUGCUAUUAUACUUGCAUUCAGGGUUUCAAAACUACAAGGCGUAUAUUUUCCGUGGUCGGAAAACCAUAAAUUUCUCUACGAUAUUAAAAGGUGAUUAUAUGUUGUUCAUAAAAUAAGCAGUCGAUUUGGGCAACAUCGUUCACUUUACAAUCCAUUUUGCUAAAUUCAGAUACAUGACGCUUUAUGUACGUCCAUUUCGCGGUAUUAAAAAUCUCACAAUAAGAAAUAUUUUUGAAGCCGAAUUGUACUCCUCCUAUGAGUAUUUAAUUGUAAGCAGACGUGAUUUUCGACUAAAUAGACAAAAGAACGAAUACUUUUAUGUGUUUUUUUCAUGAAAUAUAAUUGAACAUUCAAGGACAUCAAAAAUCAAUGAGGAAAUCGCAUGCUACAUAAGUAGUCAUUUUUUCAGAGUAAAUUCUUGGAUGCAGUCGGAAAUAUGUUCCUUCUAAAGAAGGCACCAUUAGGUAGCUGGAUCAUUUUAGAAUUAUGCAAGAAGAUGAUUAGUUUUCCAAGCAUACUUAAUUAAUAUUUUCGAAACGAGAACGCAUUUUGAAAUUUAAGCCGACAUUUUUUGAGUUAGCCCACUUACUGUAGUAUAUGUAUCCAAAUAAGAAAGACAGCAUUGUUGGAUGUUGGCCUUAAAGGGAAGAACAGUUUGAAACUUUAUCAACCGCGCAUUGUGUCAAUAACAAAAAAAACGGGCAUCUCAGAAAUCUUGGUGAUGCCUACGCAACGGCAAACCAUACCUGCAGUCCUAUCGCGUCUACCAGGGGUCGCCUAAAUCACAUGUGAAUAGGAGUCUCAAAAAGUUAUUUUGGAGCAACAUUUAACCGUUGCGUGUGACCCUUUUGAUCUCAUUUUGUAAUGCGCUUCUAUUCUCAACUGCAACCAUCAACUCAGAUACGAUCUGUGGGUUAGCAGUUCGCUAGUGAGUGCUAGCGAACUUGAGAAAAGCGAACGUAUAGCGUGCGACUAUCAGCUAAGUUUGCCGUCUGUUGUCACUUUUGGUUUCGAAAACAAAACAUCCAAUUUUAUCGCAUCAUGAAAUCUUAUGCUUCUAAACUUGUGGUGGGAUUUUCUUAAUAACCUGCUACUAUACGACGUCUACUAACAUAGAAAAUUUGUUUACUUGUUAUUUUUUAAUUUACUAAUUUUUCUAUAGACCUAAAAUAUGCUGAUCUACUCCAAGUUCGCAGUUAAGUUCUAAGGAAAUUCGAAGGCAACAAUUUCUCAAUUGGACUAUCUACCAGCAGACAGACAGGUAGUCUGGGGGACCCACUGACAAGCUGAACCCCUCGCAGCUGUGUCAUACAGAGGCAGUGCAUCGAUGAAACACGCUUGUAUGGGCUUUUAGCUAGUACCUGUGCUGUUAAUAUGGAAUCACUUUAACCUUAUGUGUGUACUGCUGUAUUUUGUAAAAGAAAUUAUACUUGGUGUUCAAACGCCCUGAAAAAACCGGCCCUAUACUGUCGUCAGUAAUUCCACUUCGUUUGUAUUAAAACAAACAUCUUUACCAAGUCUGUCUUUGUAAACUUUUGAAAAGAAACUUAUGUUCAAAGAUGAGAGAGAGACUAAGAAAAACAGCCGUAACGUUAAUCAAAGCUAACUUCUCUGCACUUUGAGCAGUACUAAAGCUUAAAUGCACGAAUUGGUCGAACUGGGGGGAAUCAAAGAACCUGGCGGAUAAACUGAGGUUUUUACCUGUAAAACAAUACCGCUGCAUGUAAUGCUGUAAAAUGAGUUAACCGGUAACCACAAGCUCUCAUGGCCCAUUUAAUGGUGCUCACACAACGACUCCGACAAAUAAUAUUGGAAAAUUUGAACAAGCGAAGCAUCGAAAAUCGCUACAGAGGUCUCUUGCCACUUACCCAUCAUCUCAUGUUCAAAAACAGCCCACAGCCAAACGUUCCACGCAUAUCUACCGUCGGCCAAUCUGUCUGGGUAAUUAGGUGGUCAGGCAGGCUUCCCUAUCGCCUUGGAGACGCAGACAUCCGUAUCUAUAUGCAUACCUAUUUCGAUAUGCCCAGAUACUCGAGGUCCAGAUGUCCUACUGAGUUCAUUAUCUCCCGAAGAAGAGAGGAUGAUACUAUUGAAGAGAAGAUAAGUUCAUGUACCAAGUUGUAUUUUUACUGAAGUUCCGAAAACCCCCCAGGUUUUACAUCAGACUAAUGUGCUUAUUGUUCCGUCAGCUCUUGAGAUGGCCAGCCCUGCGCUUGCCUCGUAUUACGGCCGUGCUGGAUGCGCGAACUAUGGCCUGCCCUUUGUCCAUUGACUGGCUCUGACCUCUUUGAGGCUGAUAAAUGCAGGAUUCGCGUGACCUCUAUCCCCUUUGGAGUCGGCGUAGUUGUAACCAAGUCGGUAUGCAUGUUAGCCUCCCGAAAGUCAGACUGAUCAGCCGUUGCUGUUCGUGUGAGUUGCUCCCAGCCUCACGGGUGCAUCGGUGAGACAGUGUUCGACUUUGGGCGCGUGACCUCUGGCGGCCACAUCCCUUCUGUUUCCUGAGCGUCAGCCUAUCCUAUUGAGUCUGUUCGAACUUUGCGCGUAACGUCUGAUAGGCGGGGUGCAGGUCCAUAGUUCGGUUGAUUAGGCCUGUCGAGGACCAACUUCCGAGGACCAGUCUGGCCAUCUUGUCAUUGCCUCGGCCUUCGCAAAGGCGAAAAUGUGACUCAAUUGUUAUAUGUGGCAGCCAGCAAUAGGCGCAUCCUCCACUUCCGAAGCAACUCACAAACGUAGUUGUGACAGAACCCUCAACCAUCGUGUCUAAACACACUGUGGCAAUGAAAGUGAGAGAGAAAGGAUUAAGUAUCUACACGAUCUUCGAGAGCCGAGGACUAUCCGAAUCUCUUCAUGUGCCAGUGCUUCAAAAACCUCAUUUUCAGCGAUCAAGCGGAGAAAAGUUGUAGUUCUGGCUUUCAGUCCGCCAUGUUAAGCACGUUUCGGAUGUGACGGCAAGAAACCUAAAACCUUUUGAGAUAAGUGGGGCUCAUUGACUAAGAUGCACCACCUAGUAGCCAAUCAUGGGCUCCCGAAAACUCGUUAUCAGUAACAAAACAAUCAACAGUUUUGUACAGCAUAACAUGCCAAAAUUGCAAUACGAAAUAUGUUGGUGAAACGGGCAGACGCCUAGGCACAAGACUGAACGAACACCAAAUGGCAAUCAAUCGCAAGAACAAGCUGUCUUCGGUCUAUGGCCGCAUACAACAGCCGAGGGUAAUCAGCCGAGACCUCUGCCCCGGCAUUGGUCCUCAAAUGGCACACAGGGAUCGGAUCAGUUCGAACAGGGCCAAUAGGGCCGACGAGCACGUGUAGCCGAGAGCCGGUGCUCACAGAAAAUAGGGAAGAUGGUGACCGAAUGUCACGUCUCCCCAAUGCGCCUGCAAGGCUGAUAGAUCCUCACACAAGUGCCAACGACUGAUCAGUGGACUGACUAACGCGUGGGUGGCACGCUAACUUGCCUAUAACUACGUCGGCCAUAAAGGGGGCAAAUGUCUUGGGAGCCCGUCAGUGGGGUGUCCACAGUUAUUCAACAGCAAAUGGGAAGAUUAAAGUUCGUGCGUCUAGCAGCGCUAUAAUAAGAAACAAUUAACAGGAGCAGCGAGCAGAAUACUCUGUUAAUGCAAACGGUAAUGUUUUGGAAACGUCAGCACGAAUGCAAUUUAAUCCGUGAACUCACCCUUUCUCCUUUUUCGUCUUCUUUGGGAGAUGAUGAACGCGGAAUAUGCAUAUAUAUAUAUAUAUAUAUAUAUAUAUAUAUAUAUAUGAUUGAAUUCUUUGGAAAAAAAUAUAUGUGCUACUGGGAGAAUUUUUGAGAAUGUUCCCCUAGCUGGUCGUCGGACUAUGCGUAAUGUCUAAAAACAACUAACUACUUAACAGUGGCUGACGAAGGAUUCUGCUGUUGGCCGAAGCAUGCGCCAAUGGGCAUUAUUUGCGUUUCGCCAUCUCAGCAUUGGUUGAGCUCGCUUCUUUUUGCUGGUUAAUGCAUGACUUAUGCUAACGCAUGCCCUCGAGGUCCUCUCGACCUUUAUUAAAAGGGCAGACACCGACAUUGGAGUUCUCCUUAAAACGACGAUGCCUCGUGUUCAGAGAAUGCAUAGGUACUUGAGACAGGCGGUUUGCUUAUUCAUUGGCGGUUGAUGUUCGUGAAGUGGUCGUUCAGCGCAUUUGACUGACAUUUCACACGAAAAUCGCUUUGCUCCGUCAGUCUGUAAGAAACUUAUUUCUGUCCAUCGAACGAUCAACUUGCUUCCUAACCCAUCCCUAGGCGUCCUGCAAGGACUCACGUGCUCGUUUCAAGUAUGUUCUUGAGUCAGAACUCUUCGCCGACGUCUGCUUCCUCGUUGGCGCCGCGCCCAGAUCGGCCAAUACCGUCUCCAAUCGACCCUCACGAGUUCCAACACUCUCUCGGCAGCCAACGUUCUCUAACGAGACAGAUGAUCGCAAACAACGUAUGAUCUCCUCCAUGAUUGCCCAGGUCUCGGGCUCCGUGUCGCGUGGACAAGCCAGUCCUCCCAAUGGCGCUGUCGAGGCCCCAGUUGACGAACCGACCGCAGCUGAGAAGGCAAAACGCCUUACAGAACUCCUGCUUGCCAUGAAUAUGGAGCAGUCAACUGCGAGUGAGGGCAUGCUUCGGCCCUCCGAAGUCUCCCUCGAUCCCUCCCCCUCCUCAACCCCUUCCUCCUCUGCGCCCACCUCUUCAUCCCUUACGGAGAACGAAGAUCAACCGUCUGUUGCGGUCAUGUGUGACAUGACCGAUACAUCCGACAUUGACUCAGACGAACGCCCAGUGGACACCGUCUCCAUCUGCACUCAAACCCGUUCGGGUGCACUCAUCUAUCGUCAGAUUCCGAAGACCCAAGCAAGUGGGCCUGCCGAGGGCUCCGAGGCGACAGCGGCAGCGACGGCGGCGGUGGCGACCGUAGAAACAGCUGCUGUUGGGUCGACUUUGUCGUCUUCCACGGUGGUAAGGGCUGAUGAGGUGAUAGAUGGGCUAACAAAAAAGUCCGCCGCUCGUCCAGAAAGUCCAGACUCCACUUCACGGAUGGAUUUUCGGGAGGGCGAUCAGCUCCAGCUGCAGCAGCAGCAGCAACCCACACGGUUUUCUGCCCACCGUCUCAUCCUCGCGCUGGCCUCACCCGUCUUCGAGGCUAUGUUCUUUGGUCUCUUUACGGAGAACAUGGCGUGCAAUCGACGCUCUGCCGCCGCUGAUGGUGGCAAUACUACGAGCAAUGGCUUCGGCGGUUCUUUGCCCAACAGGAGCAAUAUGCUGGAGCUCUGCAUCUCAGACGUGACUCCAAAGGUGAGUAUCAAAAUCGCAUCUGUACUCUAUUCCGCGCUCCCUGCAUAAUCAACACGAUAGGAAACCAGACGCCAAGAUAUUGCUUAUUCUGACUUACCUAUUUUCCACAUAGGAAAUUUAGCUGUUAACAGUGGAUUUCUUCUGGCAUUAUAAAGGAAACGCUUGUUCCCUAAUGGUAUAACAGUUGAACCUUACACAGAAAUUCAGAGUUUCAAGGUUUUGGGGCAGUCAUUAGCUCAAGACCACAUGGAAUCCGCUUGUUUGCUUAUUCUGCAUCGUCCUAUGUGUUGGGACCUCAGGUCUCCGGCAUGUUUCCGCUCACUGGUACCAUUGCCUUUUUCAACCACUAUCCUCAAGAUGCCCUUGGCUUCGUGGAUUUAAAUUCCACCGAAACCAUCGAGUUUCGUACAAUCUAAAUAGCUGCAUCAUUCCAGUCUGUCUAAGAAUACCUACUAUGAAAAUGAGUCUAGUAGUCAUGUGGUAGGUUCUAAAUUGAUUGGUUAGGCAGUGCUGCGUACUGUCUCAUGGUUUGUGGAUCGCGUGCAUGGGUGGGUAAUUUGAUCUAAGUGCGAUUUACAUCCUGGCUGUCAGUCUGGGCCUCGCACUUCAGGUGGUUAGAAUGUUGACUGUUUUCAGAUCUUGCCCGUGGGUUCAAACCCCGAGUUUUUCAGAAGUGGGUGAACUUAAAUGUUCAACUCUGCCUAAAACGCAUCUUAACGAAAGGAAACCGCUACUUUUAACCGGUCAGACAGUUGCUCUCUUUAACCCUGCUGUUUGUACCUCAGACUCCAUGAAGAUUGAUAGUUAGGCGUUGUUUUUGCAUGAAACAUGUCCCGGCCUUGGAACGGUUAAGUGCUCAGGGCGCCAACCCUACUUGGUACCUGAUGACGCAGCUUGAACGCCCCCCCCCCCUCACUCGAGUUGGUAAUUCUUAAAUUCUGAUCUACAUUCUGAGAAUACACCUAGGUCCUUAAUCCCGAGAACAUGUGCAGGGAUCUUUGCCUAGGACAGAUCUCGAAAGCAAUCACAUUUAGGUCUGUCAGAAUAGCAUAGACUAUUCAUUUUGACCUAACUGUGAAGCAUUCGGUGACCUCAAUGGCAUUCGAAUCCACGACAGAAAGUGGGACGUUUGAUUACCGCCCACACGACAACCAAUUGAGCCACAGAAGCUGUGAAUUUAAUCACAUUUGAGUCACGCUACGCGUCCAGUCUACCUUAAUGUUUGACUAACUCGAAAGUCAGUUCAGUAGGUUCUUCAGAGUGAAAGAGGUACGUAUGCGAUACGUAGUGACCUUUGAUAAAUGGACGGCAUCAGAUUCUGCCCGAAUGCAGAAGGAUUUAACCGGAGUCGCUGCAGUAACUCGUGUCUGUCAUUUGCGCGAAAGCACAGCUGUAUAUGAUGUUCACCUCCCCCCCCACUUUCAGAGAUCGUCUCAUAUUCUUCAGCAUUUGUCAACGUGUUCUACCAAUAGGGUUUCCUCCAGUGGAACAGCUGAAAUAGUCCACGCACAUAAAAAUGACCUGAGCCAGAAAUCUUGACCUUGACACUCAGGCGUAUACAGUGGACGCGUACUUUAAUAGCUAGAAAUUCUGUUGAAAAGUCUAAGGAUUUUCUUACUAUGCCUUAGCCCCAGCGCGUCGGCCCAGUAUUGUAGAGCUUCUGGUUGCUGUUCAACCGUUAUCGCUGCUCUAUUACUAGUCACGUUGCUCUCACAGGAUGUUGUUUGGGGAAAUUUAAAAGAAUCAGCAAAUCUUCAGCCAGCGUUUGCUCUAUUUCAAGGGCAGCACAAGUAACAAAAGGACUUAAAAAAUUGUUAAGAGUCCAGCUGCAUGAAGACGUCUGCUUUCAAUUAAAAUGAAGACCUCAUAUAGUCGCGUUAACAACUGAUUGAAUUGUGUUAGUGACGCUUUCGAUGUUGCUCCUUUGUUGUUUUUCGUAACCGUACCUGCAGUGGACAAGCCCCUGCAUAACCCUAAACCCCAACUCCUAACGCCUGCCCCCUUAACCCUAACAGGUGCGAUUACGAAACAGGGUUUUGCCGCUUCUUUUUUGUCAAUAAAGCAAACUCAACCAAACAUCGCUGUGCUGUUGUCGAAAGUUACUGUUAUUGAAACCCAGUAAAGCAGGUCGCAGGGAACCAAUGACGGAGCAGGUUUCUCUCCUUCCACGUGCAGUGGCCUUGAGGGCAGACGGUUUGUUAAGCAACGUGUGGUAAAAUUUAAUGCCGCCGUUUACAGCCUUAAGGCAGGUGAAUGCACCUAUGCAGAAAUUCAUAGAGGUUUUGCUCGUCGAUUCUUAGCGCGUAAAUAUGUCAUUUUGUAAAAAAAUUAACUGAAAUUCUGGAAUGGGUUUUUGAUUUAAAAAGAUUGCUUAAGCUGGAUGGUGAUAUUAAUUGACAUGCGGGAUAAUCCCGAGAUAUUUUAAUCCCGAUGGGUGCUUGAUCUUGGAUGAGCGUCUUGCUAGUCGUCUGCGAAAACCUCGCUCCGAAAAAAGGACUACUUGAGUAGUAUGACUUUUUCCCGCCGGUGUUCGACGCCUCUACUUAUUUAAACAUAUGUUUUAGAAGCCAUGCAGAAAAAUCUUCGACUAGCUGGCGAAGCCAGAAAGGGCCAUUCCAGUCUCCCUUGUCUUUGUCGGUAAUAACAUACUGUCUAUUUCUAUCUAUAUCUAACGUUAUAUAUAAGGCACGAAAACAAGAUGAAAAGUGACACCUUCGAGCUGUGUAGUUCACGCUGGCUCUGUAACGUCAGCAUUCAGUGCUUCAUUCGAUGCACAUCACGUCGGAGUGAGAGAUCCCGCAGUUGUAGGCCAGCAUGUGUGCCCUGUGAGGUUCUGCGAUUUAAGAUUUUCUAACACCUUGCUAUGCUCUCAUGGACUUGAUUGCCACAUUCAUUCUAAAAUGUCGUUGCACAAAGCUCCACUCUAGCCACGAGGGCAAAGCCGUCUUCGCCCUGGACGCGAAAAACCACUUUCGAUAUGUUGGCUAGGUGUAGCGUAAGGUGUAAUCGCAUGCAUCGGCCGACCUUUUUUCGCUCGUAUGCAUCCGUUUGAGUCAGCCAUUGAGUGAUGGAUUUCCGUGCUUCCCUUCUAAUUAAUUCCUACAGAAAUUAGUAGAACUUCCUCAGAUUGGAUGUGAAAUCAGCCCCCUCAUUUGCAUUCGCUGGGACGUUGGCGUCAGAAAAAAUAGCAACUGUUGACACUGCAGUGCACACAACCUACUGUGGGAAGGAAAACAUGACGUGCAUGUUUUUACUCAGGCAAACAGGUUGUGUUCAUGGCAGUGACUCAGACAUUUUGACUUUUCGUCGUUCUCGUUUGAUUUUUACGACUAUUAUUAGUAGUACUACCACUAUUGGGUAGAGACCUUGUUUAAAUAGUAGUAUAGGUGUGAUUCUCAGGCGACAUGCCAAAAGAAGAGACGUUCACUGGGAGAGGUUUAUUUAAGGUUUGAAGUUACGGGUAGUCAUUCUGUCCACCCAUCUUCCCAGAGUAUAAAUCUAAGUUGGGACCACAUACUAGCAAUUAAUGGCACACCGGCCACAACAGCAACCAACCGCUGCAAUACAAGCGAAGCUGCGUACGCAUGCUGUACUGGCCGGUGGAAACUCAUUGCAUCACGCUAGCCGCCAAAUGGGAUUAGAUGAGGCUUCUUUGAGUACUGUCCAAAGCCAACAAACAUCCGCGACCCUCAAUCGUCGCCGCGACAAACGAGGGCGGAGCGACACAGGUUGCGGUGGAGAACGCGAUCAGAUGCAGCCCCACUGUCAGCAUUGGCGGCCGCCGCAUCAAAAGAAUGUGCCAUACAAUGAUAUCUGUGCGCGAGACUUUGAGGCUACAUAAAGGUUAUCCCUAUCCGAGGUGUCAGAUCUUUAAUAAGUCUCUCCUCCUUUUUAAGAGACUCUUCCACUGAUGAUGCAGAAUAUUUUAGUAAUAUUUUUUAUUCAUAUAGCCGGUGUCGCUGACAACACGUUUUCGCAAUACAAGAUGGAAAUACUUUAGUGGCAUACAACGGUAAUGAAAACUUUUGGCGAAGUAGACUAGGGAAAGCGAAACCGCCUUUCAGUGACGCGCUGUUUCCUACAAAGACAUUUCGAGUUUCCCCCACCUCCAGAGUUCACACCGUGUGUUCUACGCUCUGAAAAUCAAGAGGACUAACUGCUACUUAAGUCUGCUUCGCAACGCGAGCCAACUGUUCUUUUAAAUUACUUCGUUUUGUUACAGGGGACUAGCAGUGGGGUCAUAAAAAAGACUGGAAUUAGAAAAACUUUGGGCAGGUUCCUCUACUGUGGCUGCGUCGGUAUGCCCACCCUACUAAUUAGCAAUAAUUUCUAUGAUCCAACUCUCCCGACAGGGCAGAUCCCUGAGUUUUAUCGAUUUUUUUUCUUUUGCAAAUCUACUUCACACAUCGAAUGCGGUGUAAUGCGAUCUACUACAAAAGGAUGACGUUACGGUUGUUCCUACGUGUUUAAAAUGGUUGCGCGAUAACCCACGGGCUUUCGUAUAUGCGCUAACUCCCAAUUUUGUGCUCUAACGAAUGCCUCGCGUCCAAAUCACUCAUGGAAUCGCUCCGACAUCUGUCGUUUGGAUUGAAAUCUGCUUCCUGCUUAUCUCCGGAAGUAACUUGUAGGAAUUAUCUCACGGACGUUGUCCAUAUUUUGGGUCAAAAGCGGACGGGGUGUUUUGAGAACUCGCUAAACGCCACGUUUGAGCCCGCACAAUGUCUUUACGUUACCACAAACAUCGGGCGCUUAGCGAAGUUUGAAUCCCCCUGUCGAUCCACAUUCAUUUCCACUUCACUGGACAAACUCGGGCAGCCUAUUUGUGUUUUCGAUCAUCUCCAGCGUUGUUUUAGCGUCUUUUGGGAGCUGGGGGAGUGGUUUGACGAAAUAAAUGCUUUUAGGCUUAACCUUCUUGAAAGAAAUCAAACAUUUUGCAAUCCUGAGAAUUUAGUUCCAGGGCUAUGGAAUGCAGAAAGGCUUUUUCCGACAGGGCGAUGACUUCUAUGUAUGCCAGUCCAGUUAUUGAUGUUCGUGGUAGGUGACUUGUUCAGUCGACUCGUUUCGACCACAGAUUUUCGUCUGAAUUAUAUUUUUUGUCAGUUCCCACCUCCCGCCCUUUCAGCUGACUAUCGUUCCUUUUUUCUUGCUCUCAUUUCCAGGCAUUCCAGCAGUGCUUACGUUUCAUCUACCACGACGAUCUCCAACUGCCAGAUGACAUUGACGAACUCUACGACAUCCUCUACGCCGCCAAGAAGUACCUUCUGCCUCAACUUGCCUCUGCUAGCGCUUCUCAACUCAUCGUAAGUAAAUGAGCAUUGUGUGCCUUUAUCUCCAAAGACAAAGGAUGUCAUUCCUCCAAAUAUAACAUGAUUUGGUUCUAGCGUUUUCCAAUAGUGAACGGCCAAAAAAAAACAUUUCGCAUAGUCUUAAUGUUACCGUGCAUCGCCUGCUACAAAAGUGCUUUGCGUCUGAAAAUAAAAAUACUCGUUUUUUAAAAUCGCUUUUAGGCGGUUUCGAUUCUGAUAGUAGAUUUACCUUCCGGAUUUCGAAUACUGAAUUGAAGCUUUCGAUACAACGACAGGGCCUUCGACUCAGCGUUUUGAACGCAUUAACCAAACUGCGAUGGCGAAAGAGUAAUGUUACUUGAUAAAAAAUAUCAUUAUUCAGCGUGGUAGACAGCUCUACUCCUCUCCACUCAACCUUACAGAACGUCUAUUCAUACCGGUAGGAAGGUUUGCCUUGUUUUUUUAGUCAUCUAACAUUGCGUCUCCAUGUCUUCAUUUCAUAGAUCUUAUAUAGAAAUGCUAUCUAGUGGGACAUUCCGAAACGACAGUUAGACACAUGUGAGCUAUUCGCAUUCGUCUUGACAAGGCUGGCCCCUUGCUAUGUAGAGGCUAUUUGAAACUUAAUUUCGAACUAAAGAGCUAUGAUCAUGGGGGUUUACGGAAAUAUUUUUUUCAAAAAUAACACCACUUUUCCUUAAAUUUAUCUCGCGAACCAACUGAAUUUCGUAAUCAAGUUUGAGGAUCAUCAGGCAUUUUAAGCAGAACGGAGCACCUCUGUUUGGCCGUCAGAUCUUAAAUAUGGCAAGUCUUGACACGCUUUUCGAUGGUGGUCAUCAAUUAUUCCACUUCAAACUCCAUAAAUUUAUGUUUCGGGUGGAAAUAGACUUGAUUGUUACAGGUAACACUGAUUGGCGGUUACCAUCUUUGUGGGUGAUUGCAGUUUAACGAACACCCGUCACACCUGAGAAGACGCCUUGAUCAAAGUGUCCCAAGAACCUUCACGGAGGCAAUGGUUCGAAUAUCAUUCUCCACAAACCUUAUAUUAGGCGUAGAAGGUAAGGAUAGGCUGCCACUUCAGACCACCCCAAUGUGCAUCUAUUCAUUCACUUGCUCCUGUGGAGCAGGUUAUAUUGGCCGUACGAGUCGACGUCUAUACAAAAGAAUACGAUAACCGUCCCAGCACGGCUUACAAAAGGUGAAAAGAGGAGCAUAAACAGUGCCAUUUUUGAACAUUUAGUUGAUUCAGGGUAUCGUGUGGACCUCGACGAAGCACUUCGUGUGAUUACUAAGGUCCCAUCGAGCUAUCCUAAUUUAUGGUGUCAGCGCCUGUUAGCAACAGCAGAAGCGGCCGCAAUCAGGUUACGAAAACCGGCCCAACGCGCCCGGAAGAACCUCGUUCAGGCUCCGCGUUUACCGUGGCCAAAGGCUGACUAAUCGCAUGCGACUUCCUUCGCCCUUUCGCCUUUGUCUAGCCCGUAUUUUAAGAAUUACUUUUAUGUAUUUUUUCAGUCACUGUAUCCCUUUCCCCUAUAACUGUACCGGCCUAAAGAGAAGUUAUCAAAGCAACGUUCGCUCGCCACUUUCUCUUCUGAUUAUUUAAAAACUGUCAAAAUACCUCAGUGUAAACAAUCAUCGCUCAGUGUCUCUGGUAUGCCCCGCCUGUGUUUUAAAACUUAUCUUUAUCAAUUUUUCAAUCACUCUUAUGUUUGAGGAUACCCCGCUCCCAUAUAAUGGUACUAGCCAGAGGAGAAGUUAUCGAAACCAACGUAUGCUUACCAACUCCUUUUCUAAAAAUCCGAUAUCAUUUGACGAAUGUUUCCUCUAUGUUCUGACAUCUUGCCUUAUCGGCAAGCACCUUUUCUCGUCAAGAUUCAAAUGGAUUUAGACCUAGGAAACUGCUUAAUCCCGGGAAGCAUGGCCAAGCAGCUGCAAAAAGGUGGCGAUUGUUUUUGACGUCUCAUUUUUUCAGCCGGUUCGUCAUCGAAAAGCGGCCAAGUAGCACAGAUUUGAACAUUGUCCAAUCGAAGCUGCCCGUUUAAGUAUAUUAAAUCUUGCAACACGAGUAUACGGCCGGUUAGGCGUUGGCAGUUGACAGCUAAUACGCGGCCAUCCCACCUUGACCGACGGACUCCCAUUUAACUAUUUUUAUCAAAGUUCGGACUGGUCUACUCCAGGUCAACGAUUCAGUCCUGAGAUUAAAAGGCUGAUAUUUCAAAACCUCUAAUUUUGCUGAUGGAAGCGAACAGGCGAGUUCUAGGUAACAGUUCAAAAGGAAAAGUUGCGAUCACUGUAUCAGUGACCCAGUGAUCGCUUCUUCGUCUUCUGAACUUCUAAUUUUCUGCUAAAACUUCCACCCACUCUUCAGUAGUUCUCCCGAAAUUGUAUUUCCACCAGUUCGGUCUACUUUCUUGCACGUUAAGCUCGUAAUCGCGAUUCGUUUUUACUUCUGUUAAUCGGAAAUGAAUUCAAAAUAGCAAUUUGGUCCAUCCUAAGAGAUGCGGACGAUUAGGUUAUUUAAACCCGAAAACAUCACUGACGAAAUUUAUCGUAAAAAAUGUGAUACGCAUUUAUGGGGUAGUUUAAUUUUGAAUCGAUGAUAGCAUUAUCCACUGGCGUUUUCUCGGUUCUGACAAAUGACUUUUAGGCGACAUGACCGGCUUUUCAUCAUAGCAACAUAACCAACUCCUCAGCUACUUGUCAGAGUAAACCGACUCUUAGGCGUCAAUGUAUGCCAAUCGGCCAAAGUCCGGAGGAUCUUCUGAACCUGAUCACUCUCAAACAUUAAACUGGAAGUUCAUAAGCAUUAGGUAAAGCCUAAGGGGAACCCUGGAGCUUUUUAGACAGAGGGGAAUAACUAAUUGCCGACGUUUUGAGAGGUCCUAUUUUCUCCUCAUUUUUCAGACUAAGCAGUCGUUUUUAGCUGGGCUGGAAGGAAUUAAUGGUGUUAUGCAGAACAAAUGACGGGACGAAAAAUAAGUUAAGUGUAUGUAAGUCAAGUGCGGUAGGCAAUUCUAGCUUGUUCGGGGUGAACAUGGGAUCGUCGAUUUCCACUGUCAGUGUUCUCCACAGUUCCGGGGGGGGGGUUGUAUGGCAGGCUUUCUUCUUUGACGACAAAUGCCUAUGCUGUGUGCACAGAAUGGGUUAUCAUUGGAGCCCCAACCCUCGCAACUGUGUCAUGAAGCGACAGCAAAUCGGCGAAACGUUGCUGGACUUUUAGCUAGUGCAUGUGAUCUCAUUAUGCUAAACUAUGAGGCGUGUGCAUGCGUGCACAUACAUUCUGGACCCAGCGUGAUUGGGAUGUUAACUAACUAGGUCUUCAUAAACCCUGACGUAUACUUAUAAUGACUACUCACUUAAAAUCUUUCCUUGCAUGCCCUUCUUUUGCUUACCAGAAUCAUAUGACCCCGCAAAACGUUCUCUUCCAACUGAACAAGAGUUCUGCCAUUGAUGAAGAAGAACUUACUCGAAUUUGCUGGCGUACAAUUGAUCUGAUGGUGGGUGCCCUCCCGCAUUAUCCAUCCUCUUUCUUUACGGAUAGUUUGAUAUUUCCGUACAUUCCUAGUUAUUAUGUCUGCCAUCCCAAGUCACUGGCAAUUUGAAAUUUAUGCAUGUCAUGUCACAUCGCCCAAUGUCAUUGUAGCAUUCUGCUUUUCUACUGGGAAGUUUUUCCUGUGUAUAUUUGCUUCUUCCACGAAAAAAAUCAAAUUGAUUUUACCAUUACCACCAGGAUCAAUAUAUUCACCGUUUUGACUAACGGGGAAAUAAUAAAUUAGCCUAUAUCCGAUAGGCUCAGUAAAAGGCGAAUCGUGUAAUUUUUCGAUGAGGUAGUGACGAUACGUUGUACAUAAUGUCAAAUUAUGUAAUGAGGUCAUAAGUUGAGUCAUUUUUAUGUAGCGUUUGGGACAGCGAAGACAUUUCAGGGGUACGGUGCAUUUUGCAGGUAAAGGCCUGUUUGCAGCAUGGAAAUGGGGACUUCAGCCUCGUCGAUUGCUGUCGAACAGACAGGAUAGAACGGCACAACUCAUUUCCUUGUGUGGAGCACAGGCACGCGUAGCAUAGGGUUCAGAACUCAGCCUAAAUGACAUGUUCACCUAAACAACAGAUUGUAUCGCACUAACUAGUGAAUUCAGUACAUCAGUCUACGUACAAUAGUAAUUGAUGUUAUUCUAUGCCUAAAGUCUUAUGUUAUUUCGCAAAAGGUGAAGUAGAAAUCAAUCAAAACGCCAUGAGCAGUACUAAAAUGGUGAUUGUGAGAUUGAAAACGAAUCCGUAACUUGCUGUUCGUAAACGUAAUCGGAUAUUUACUCGUUUAACUUGGCCGAGUUGGUACUAUGGGUUUGUUUUUUAUUAAAAUUUUGGCUCUUCUGGUGCGCGCUAAAAGGUGAUGAUAAAAUUGUCUUACGCAUUAAUAGACCACCACUAGGUAGCCAACAAAUCCCAGCCCCGUGUCUUCCAUAUCUUCGAUUUCAUCAGGCCUGGGGCACCUACGUCAUAUAAAAUUAUGCCUGUCGUCAUCGCUCCUUUUCAGUCCUGUGUAUGAAUGAACUAUUAAAUUUGCACGUUGUUUGACCUACUUAAUUCGUGUAAGUAGAACUUUAUAGAAUUUCUCAGAAUGCAUGGCAGUGGCGCACUUGCGUAAAAUGCCUUCGGCUUUUUGUCAUUUCAUCGUUCUUUUCCCAAUGCACACUAAUUCACUACAGACUUCGGAGGUUCUGGCCUCAGAACCAUUCGUCGACUUGUCCAAGGAGACGGUACUGGAGCUCAUUAGCCGUGACACACUCUGUUGUGAGGAAUGGGAGAUAUUUGAGGCCGUGCAUCGCUGGGCCAGCGCCGAGUGUGAUCGUCGUGGGCUGCGACCCACGUCGGCCAUAGUGACCGAUCUCAUGGCCGACUUUCUUCCCUUCAUCCGCUUCACAACAAUGUCUCUGGGAGAUUUUGUCCUGCAUGUUGCCAAGUCUGGAGUCCUCAGUCUGGAAUUAGUACGUUCCGCUCCUCUACAUCUGUUUGUGUGUGUGUGUGUGUGUGUGUGUGUGUUUGGGAUUUUAUUUGACUCUUGCCAAGUUUCACACCCCAAACCCCUCAUCCUCCGACUCAGUAGCGUACCCCGAACUUUUGGCAAAUUUUGAAAAACAAACUUUCAGCUUAAUGGGCGAACGACAUUUUAGACUCCGUAAGUCCUGCGAACGCAAUUACUGAAUAUUUCAGAAUCCCGUCUAACAAGCUAGAGCAGGUUGUCCAGUUGAAAUCUCAGAUACAUGUUUCGCUGUUGUUUCUACUACCGCAUGACGCAGCUUGGAGAAGUUCACCUCCUCAGGGUGUCCCGCAGCGUUUUCUAUGCGGUUCAUUAAUAUAUAAACUCCAGAGAAUAAUCGAGAAAUUAAUGUCAGAAAUCAUUUAGCCCAGCACAUGGAUUUGAGUUAAACAUGACGGUUAAGGGUCAUACCCAAACAUGUAAUGAACAUUCGAGUAGAAGACAGCCAACUACUACGGAAUAACCACGUAAUACCCCUUCUACAAACAAGUAGUACUACGAGUGGUAUGAAAUGUGUAUGUCAAACGUAUUAUACCGUACUCCCGACAUAGAUACCAGUUAAAAGCCCAGACGAGUAUUGCGCCGAGAUUCUGCCCCUACCUGAUACAACUGUGAGGGUUUCGGCGCGUCAGUGGGCUCUCCAGCUUUCUCUAUGUGGUUUCUGGCAUAUGAAUUCCAGAGAAUAAUCAAGCGAGUAAUUUCAGAAAUUAUUCUGCGCAGGAAAUGCAGUUAAGUCUCUGGGGCAUGACUUUUUAGGGUCAAACGCGGAAUUAUAAUGAACAUUUGGAUCAAAGACAAUCGUCUGUGGAAUGCCCAUUCUACGAACGUAGUAGUACUAAAAGUAGUAUGAAUUUUAUAUGACAGAAUGUUGUACCGCACUUCCUCCACAAAUUCUAGCUAAAAAUCCACACACUUUCUCCCCGAUAUUUUUGACGCUGCACAAGAAGCCGAAUCCCUCACAGCUGUGUCAUUUGUCAUGUGCAUUAUUUAAAUCAUUUCUUUAUUACGGGUAUUUCAUGUAGCCACAACAGGAAGCUCCGAAAAUUAAAGCCACCUAUUUGCUGAUUCUUGUUGCUCAUAGUUGGCUGAUUUUUGCAGAAGGUAGCUUUGGCUGGACCCGUUAAUGCAUACCAUCUGCCAAUCUCGACAAAAAACCUCAAGAGCUCUACUCAUUAACUUUUCUUGAACAUCUUUAACCCCUGAUUAUCGACAGGUUCUUAAUUUUUUCCUAGCAAAGGGAUAUCUCGGUAUUCAUUGCCACAAAGAUGUUCUCGCAGGAGGAAUUAUCCAGGAAGGACAGUGAUUCGUAUGGCAACCACCCUACUGUGUCCGUUGGCGAUGGCGAUGCCGAUAAACCUGUCUCCUCUACCAAUCAUCUUCCAACCAAUCUGGCGAUAUCCGCGGCCCCACGUUCUGGACCGCCUCUUGUACGCUGUUUGCGCUCAUCUCAUGCUAUGGUUCCAAUGUCAAAGGAGGGCUACUGGCAGGAGCCUGAGGCAGUUGCCUUUGAGGUACAGUUUAUCUAUCAUUAAAAAAGCCGUGUGUAUAUUUGAACAAAAUCGUACGGCUCUUCAGGGCAUCCUUACCUACAUAUAAACCGCACUGCGUCCGGAAUAGAAAUCGGGUGGUGUGUAGCACGAGGAGACAGUGCGCUUAGCAUUGCCAGCUAUUUUAUCGUUUCAGACGGGGGUCGUCUUCACAUUGACUUGCCAUCGGAGCAGGCAGAGAAAUUGCGGUAGAUGCUGAGCAAAUUAUCACGGUUUGAACUACUUCGUGUGGCAGCAGUGGCCAUCUUCAUUUGCGGCAGUCUGGAUUUCAUUUUCACGAAUGUUUGUUCAGGUAGGCACAUGAUGCCUAAAUAGGGGGUACACCAGGUAAAUCUUAUUUCGUCCCACCUGUCAUGAUGGAAGGUGGCCAGGUUCAACCUCUGUCUGGCAUCCAGCUCCCAUUAAUGGCACCGAUAAGCUUUACAUCGUGCGGCCGGCACAAGUCUGCAUUCGCUCCCAGCCAGGAGUUAGAAAAAAUAGAAUGCGCAGGAGUGACUGUGUCCUGUAAUGUGAUCGGUGUGUAUCCCUCUUCCAUUAUUAGCCUAUCCGAUGGCAACCGAUAGGACAGCGAACUCGCGACUUAGGCGUUCGGGCCUUGGACUUCUAAACAACAGUUAGCCAGAUCGAACUCUGGGGCUGGAUAUGGCUGACUGGUAAGGGCCAAUAAGCCAGAAAUGGCCAUCUCACCACCCCUCCUCAUUGUCAGUAAUGCUUUUCUGCCUAAACCGCUAGCCACUGCGCGGCUGCUGACAGGACUCGAGAUAUAGUCUUAAGACACGAAGCGGAACGAGUGUAUCUUGUAGCACAAUCGGUGAGAGUCCCUCUACUGUUGUUGAAAGGGCCUUAUGGAUUGUGUGUGUCUGUCAUGCUGUGAUUGUGAAAAUCAUGGUCCUCGCUGCCUGGUGGGCGCUGGCAGCUCUCUGGCACCUGGUUCCCUGCUGGAGAUGCCUUUGCGCUCCCGCUGGCCAUACGGGUCGUGUGCACGGUUGCCCAAUGACUCACGUCACCCUGCUCUUUCAGGCCCAUUUUUGUUGAUGAAUAGAAUCCUGGCCAAGUUUUCGUUGUGAGCCAGGGGGAAUGGUGGCACCCCUGUGUGCGGGUACAGCCGUGCAAGCCACUUGUGCCCUCUCCCGCCUUCGGUCUUUUUGACUAUGCGUUGACACCGAGCACAGGCGGGGAAGGAGAUGGUGCGAUGGAUGCUGUACAAGUCCACUCUCACUAUACACUAAUUUACGCGCGAAUCAACGUGCAUGCUUUUAUCUUGCAACGAAGCACACGGUGGACAUCGUCGGCAACGACGGUCGAACUGGCGAGACCGGGCCCAGCGCCUAGCGCGCUAGUAAGGUGAACGGCUCGGCGUAAAUAGGCUCAGCACAGUUCUUUGAAGGAGUGAACUGAGUCCAACUGAUACCCCCCUUUUUUUGGCCCAGUUCGCACCUUCAGUGCAGACUGUUGUGGAACAAUUAAGGUCACACAACCUCUAUCUUUAUAGGUAAACAGUUUAAUUUCAGAUGAUCGCAGAACAGCUGUCUGAGCACAGACAACUUUCGUUGGCUUAUAAUUCCAGGAAAGGAAAAAAACUAGAUACGAGCAAAGGCGUGAGCAUAUGUUUUGGCAGUUGCCCCCACCAGCUGUUGAAGGUGAUAGCAAAUUAAGAGCUUUCUUCAUCGACAAAAUCAUUUUGGAACUGCACAACAAAGAAGGCAAUAAUGCGUGAUUGGCAGACGGAAAUCGGCACACGGUAAUCUAGGCGACAGAAACAGAGGUAGGCUGAUUAUGGUCCAGUGCGUGGGAAGAUUGAGCACAUGUGAGGUAUCCUCUGCGUCAAAUAUGUCCCCGGUAGUAGUAGGGGAUAUGGUUGGGACCUCGCAUAAUGUAAAGCUCAACAGGCCUCUGUAGAAUUUACAAAAAUAAGUCUUUCUGACCCCUUUAGUUUGUUGCUAGCUAAGAUCGUGACGAAGUGUUUAUUGUGGAGCAGGGGGUGUGGCGGCUCGCCUAGGUGUGGGUAAGACAGUGCCAGCCAUUUGCGUUCUAUCCAUCUCUGGUCUUCUUGACCAUCUCUUCACAGCGAGCCAUUGCGGGGGAGGUGAGAGUGCGGUGGAUGGCCUGCAUGUCUGCUCUCACUACAAACUAGUUUACGCUCACGUCACCGUGCCCGCUUCACCUCGAUGCAGAGCACACGGACUCGACGGUCGGACUGACUGACACCCGUGCUAAACUGAGGGGAUUAGCAGGUGGGACGUCCUCUGUCUGGUGUAUCUCGGAGUGUGAAGACGGAUUCGACGAUCCAGCCGCGUAGAAUAAUGCUCUGGGCCUUGCUAAUCAUAGCUGCCUGACUCCUGUCUAUCCCUCUCUCGACUUUUAGAAGUCUUUUGGAGAGGAAGGACUUUGUAUUCCUAUAAAUGGAUUAUUUUACUCACAAACCAAUGUCGAGUCUCUGUUGUAGCAGCCUGACCUUCUCUGAACCAUAUGACUGGUCGAUUAAGCAGACUACGCAAGCAAGAGAUUUUUAUCGGUAAUUAGUAACUGCAAAUUUAACCAUGAAUUCAUUAAGAAAAGUAGCAGAGAUUUACUGGCUGGGUGAUAUGCAAGUGAUAUGCAAGAUUCACCGACCAAAGCCGCAGUUUUUUAUGCCAGACAAAAACUCCUAAAUAACAGGCGUUCAUAUUCCGGAAAUGCGCUGGAAUGAGUAUCUCUGCUGAACUAUAUUCUAAAGUGUCUAUUGAUUUAAGUAGCUUGAUAUGCAUUGGCAUAGCCAUUUGCAUCCAGUUGCCCCAGUUGAUUCCCUUUAGUUUUUUCCACGUUUUACAUAACGUCUCCGGUGGGCUUCAUAGUCCACAGUCGUUUUCAUACUAGUCACCGACGAUGUCGUCGGAAAAGGUACACUCUUCGUCCUUUGUGCUGUCGGAUUAUAAUCUAAUUAGUGGCCGCACGGCGUAGACCGUCAGCUCUGUUGUCCACAGCGUCGAACAAAGCGUACGUUGCCCGUGCGGAAGUAUUUUCGUUCACUGGCUUUACUCCGUCCCCUGGAUCCAUUCCUAAUUCAGAGAACGACGCUUAGAUGGCUAAGGUGAGCCCACGCGCAUGCGUACUUGCUAGGUCAGACAUCGCAUGAUAAGUGCCAGCCAGUCUCUUAGUCCAUCGUCAAUUUUCCGCCAGACACCCACCGAAUGGCGGCAAAGCGUCCGCCUCCUCUUUAUGCAUUCGCCCGCCGCCGUCGCACAAAAUCGCUUUUCUUUUGUUGCCUACCGGUGCUCCGGUCAGCAAGUUCGUGCCACAAUCUGUGCGGCCCGCACUAUAAGUAUACGUCAUAUCUUACCGUAUCCGCUGAUUUUUGUGCCUUCAGUCGGAUUUUUGUCAAUGACCCAUGUGGUCGCGCAAAAGUAUUCGCACAGACAGCCCGAUCUGUGGCACCUUGUACCGACCCCUACCAAGUAGGUAGACGCUAUAUAAGUAUAUAGUUCUUGGGCAUAGGCAGAAGUUGAUUACCGACAAACACAAAGGAGACCGAAAUGGCCAAUACUGGUUUGUUGGCUGUGGUCAGCCAGUCAUACCCCACCCCGAAGUGUCGAGCACCUGGGGCUAGAUCCCGCGACCUGUUGGUUAGAAGUCCAACGCCUCUAACCACCGAGCCACGGGCUCGUUAUCCUGUCGGCUUCGGUCCGUAAUGUGCAAUGGUAGAGCAGCGCUUACCGAUCGUUCUUACGGAACUCACUCGUCCCGUUGUGCCAUACGGGCUCUCUCUCUCGAGCCCGAUCAGCAGCCGCACAGCGCUGCAUGAUAUAGGCAUGAUUUUAUUACCGGGUAUUUAUUCCCGCGAUCAGUCGGUAUUCCCGAUCGCAACCGACAGAACGACUGACACGUGACGAAACGGUGCAGCGUUGCACUACCUAGCGCUCAAUAACCAAAGAACUUGGGCUCAAAUCCCCGGCCAUCCGAGCUUGAGAUAUGGUAUGUUUGAAUGGUGCGACUAAAAGGCCAUCGCUAUUUCUCCCUACAUGUUCUAACACUUUCUGCACGUUUGCUUGCCACCGCGAAAACAGCACAACCGAGUCGAUCAAUGCCACGCCGCAUUACGAAGCACGAGCACUUGCGUUGGCAAUCAGUAGAAUGCAUCCGCAGGUCAUUAACUACAGUGGCCGGCAUUUGAACACUGGCAGAGAUAUAAACUCAUUCGAGGUCGUCGUAGAUGAACAUGCUCGCGCAGGUUAACUAAGCUAACAGGUGUGCGCUAACUUUGAUAUUAAAGUGCCGUGUUCGUUUGUCCUGUGUCUCAAAUUGUGCACAGAACAAGUCCCUCCUACUAGUAUCUUACUUGUUUCGUCGCAGAUUCUGGACCUGAGUACGGCUGUCUCAAAUUAGGUCUAAAGUACACCUUUCAUAUACUCAGGUCAAAAUUAAUCUGCCGUCUUCAUCCGCGUUUCGCAUUGUGACUGUCGAAUUUUAGAAUAAACACCAAUUGCAGAUUUUAUCAGCCAACAGUCUGCUUGUAAUAAUAUCCUUAUUCCAGACCACGCGCUGGUAACCACCUACAAUGGGAAAUCGGGCACAAUCAACUUGCUAAAUGUCCUUAUAGACGACCUAGAACCUGACCGAAUGCGUGUUAUAUUCACAUGCUACUCAAUAAUAUUCAGUAAAAAUGAUAUCUUGUACGAUAGUUUGCGGUGCGGUUAUAAACCAACCGAUGUCAACAAGUUCUACUGCUGCCCUAAGACUUCAUGCAUCUUCCUCUUGCCAAAGGUUUCCUCAACUGUCUUCCUGGCCGGCAUUGGUGUCUCAGAGCCGGUUGGAAGAGGCAGCAGUCUCAAACUGAAGAUCGAGGUACGGCGUUGCAGUAUUCGCCAGACUGUUCACGUCGACACUGGCGCACGCUUCCACACGGUAGGCGUCUCCACCUCCAUCCACCGUCACACGCAUCAGCUACACAGUGUAAGCACCCAGUCUGCGUACCUUCCGCGUCCCGGAGACGACACGCGACGUCGUAUACUGCGUUCUGGCGGAGGCGGUGGCAGCAACAACUACCGACCAGCUCUGCCCUCCAGUCUCGACCAACCGAACUCGCGGGCAUCCGGAGGCAGAUCAGGCCUCAAGCUGUUGGUUAAUCGUACGCAUGUUUUAGGCAGUACUGAGACAGUUAUUCGCGGCAGCGGUUCACGGCCCGUGGCUCAGAUUCGUUUCCCGAAGCCCAUCAUGGUGAGUAGGCAGGAUAUUGUGAUGUCUCCUUAAUUCUGAUUAAGUACCUAGCAAAAUGUAACCCACCAGAGGGGCGGAACUAUUUGGACAGAACUGCCUGCCUAUCUUCGCCUGUGGCCACACCCUGGCAGACAUUAGUAUUUUAGGCUACAUAGUCUGUCUCCUCUUUAUUUCCCAAACACUUAAGCAGUCACUUAAAAUGUAAUCAAUGCUAACUGAUCGAUUUCUUUUAGCAUUUUAAAGGCUUCGGUUAUCGAAAAUGGCAAAGGAAUUGAUGCUUAACCCACGUCUAGCUAUAACACCAGUCGCGUCGUGUGGACACUCUUGAAAUUUUCCUCUUAACCAGUCAUCCAAGCUUAGUUUCCCUCAAGCAGCCCGGGUACACCGCUGCCUAACGGGUUGUGAGUCAGAGCCAGGUAAAAUACCGCCAAGUGUGGAUUGGAGGGCUAGUGGCAGUGGAAGUGCACACCGGCCAAAAGCCGCUAUGAGCAGCAAGGUCAUGCAGAUCGAAGAUCGGUUAAAGACGAAGGACCAAUCUGAGUUAGUGUAUCGAACCCCGUGCCUAAAUUGUCCUUGUAAUUAAACAGGUCACACUGGACGCAUGCUAGGAUCGCGCAUGCACAAGCAUAAGCUGGUUGUGCGACGAAUCAUCACAAGCGGAUGCCUACAGCUACGAAACGUGUUAUGAGUUUGACUUCUUAGCCACAGAGAUAAUCGCUCAUGCCGGAACCAAAACGGACGGAGAAUCGGUUGAAACCUGGACCCCGGAUGAGAACAUGGCCAAUCGACUGAUCUGGCGCCUCCAGCCUUGAUUCACCGGUCGGUGAUUGGCUGGCGUCCCUACAAUUGUCGGUACCAUUUCUGACGAUGGACUCCUGCACGAUUUCGAAAGCGCACAAUAAUAAACAGGCUAUUCCGGUGCUUAGGCAGUCUUCUCCAUUUACUGGCAAUUAUCUCUUUCGAGCUAGACUCUAUACCCUCACGUCUUCUGCCCUUUAGCUAAAAGGAGGCAAGACCUACGUCGUGAUUGUGAGGCCGGAGGAAGGAAGACAUACAAGGUGUUACGUGCACAUGAAUGUCGCCCGCACAGAAGUUCGAGUCAAGACAAGGCGUUCGAAGCAGGGCGAGAAGCCGCCCGCCGCCUCCUGGUUCCCCCUCGCUGUGCCCAAGCACGUUGUCUUCCACUUCUACUACUGUGACAAGAGCCAGACCAACUGCUCUACCGAAGGCAACCACAUUCCAGAGCUAUUAUUCUGCCCGCCCACAUGA